CCAAGCUGCAGCCGCGGCCACCUGCACCAGCACCGCUGAGAUUGUCUUGGGGGCUUUGUUCAGAGGAGGCUGUCAGCAUCCUCAAGUUGCAGGCGCUCUAGCCCCAGCACUGCUUCAAGAGGCUUUUUCUCAGGACGGGCCUCCUCUUCUCAAUGGCCUGAAACCUCCAUCAAUUCCCAUGAAGUAUACAGGGAACACAAGGCUGUCACUAUCAUCAGUGGCGGCAUCGGUGGCGCCAGGACUUGCACGCGUGGGUUGCACACGUCAGUCACUGAGCCACGUGCAGUGACGCCACCUGAGGCACGCACGCCGCACGCUCUCGCCGCACGCUGUGGCUUGCCUGUAGAGGCUUGGCCUCGCGCACGCCGCACGCGCAUAACGGCUUGGCUUGGCUUUGCUGUUACUGGCUUAGGGUGGUGUUCCUCGCUUGGCUUCGUGUUCCUAGCUUUGAUUGACGUUUCUUCCCUCGCAUUCCUUUGCUGGGCUUGACCUUUUCUCUGCUGAGCUUGGCAUUCCCCUGGCUGGGCUGGGUGUUUCCUUGGGUUGGAGUGGGCUCUCCCUGGGUGGGCGUGGGCUGGGCUGGGCUGGGCUCCCCUCCUGGGGUUGGCAGGUUUGGGCUAGGAUUGACCUUUCUCUUUAAACAGAUUGGAAACCCGGAGUUUCCCGCUAGUUGGUCCAGCUGGUUCGUAGAGGCGAUCUGCCUGCUACUACUGGCCUCCCCUGGCUGUUAAAAGCAGAUGGUGGCUGAGGUUUGUUCAAAGCCGGCUGCCUCCGCUAUGAAGAAGCCCUUUGGUCUCAGGAGCAAGGUGGGCAAAUGAUGCUGCCACUGCUUCCCCUGCUGCAGGGGGAGCUGCAAGAGCAACGUGGGCACUUGGGCAGACUAUGAUGACAGUGCCUUCCAGGAGCCAAGGUACCAGGUCUGUCGAGAAGACCUGGGCAAGCUCCACAGAGCAGCCUGGUGGGGUAAAGUCCCUAAAGCCAAUCUCAUUGUCAUGCUCCAGAGCACUAAUGUGAACAAGAAGGACAAGAAAAAAAGAAGAGGAAUGACAGGCCAGGUGCGGUGGUUCAUGCCUGUAAUCUCAGCACUUUGGGAGGUCAAGGCAGGUGGAUCAUGAGGUCAGGAGUUUGAAACCAGCCAGGCCAGCAUGGUGAAACCCUGUCUCUAUUAAAAGUGCAAAAAUUUACCGGACCUGGGCCUGGGGGUGAGUACUUGUAAUCUCAGAUACUUGGGAGACUGAGGCAGGAGAAUUGCUUGAACCUGGGAGGCAUAAGUUGCAGUGAGCCAAGAUGGUGCCACUGCACUCUGGUCUGGGGGACACAGAGAGACUCCCUCUCAAAAAAAAAAAGGGGGGUAAUGGAAUACGGUUUUCUAUCCACAAAGUUUGUGAGGAUGAAGAACAGUGGUACUUACACAGUUGCUUAAAGUUUAAGUUGCUGUGACUUUUCAAAUAGAUACCUUGGUGGUAAGAACUGUAUUUUUAAAAUGUAUAUGCCUUUUACCCAUCAGUUUCAUUAUUCUGAAAUAGCUUUAAGAAAUGAAUACAUCUGUUUUUCUUACUAUUGCUUAUAAUAGCAAUGUACUGAGAAGAACUCAUAUGAAGAUUUUAUGAACGAAUUUCAGUGCAUCCAUGGGAUGGAAUAAUAUGUAACCAUUGAGGGUGUUGAUAGAUACAGAGAUACAUUGACAUGCAAAGAUGUAAUUUGGUAUAUAAAGUGAGGGAAAACUCAGUUUGUUUUACAUAUACACAAACAAUCUGCUUUUGUAUUAGCUGAAAAGAUGUAGAAAAUAUGAUCAAAUUUAUUUCUGGGGAUUUGUGAGUGAAGUUUUUUCCUUUCUCUUAUCAGUGAUUUCUGCAAUGAACAUCUCAAAAGCUUUAGCUAAGUUUCAGUAGUCAUGAAAUAAUCCUUGGGAAGAGAAGAAAUAUGCUACUUGCAUAGAUACAAAUAGUUUCUCACAUUCUAUUAUUUAUUUUUAUUUCUGUGGAUGGGUAUCUUCUGUAAACUUUUACCCUCUUCAGAAGUAGAGGGGAAUCUGUUUACUUGCUCCUGUAGAUUUUAUUGUAUAGAUAUUUUAUUAUAGAUUUAUCUUUUCCUUAUAUAUAGAUUAAUGUGUGUAAAAACUAUGGAUUAAUGGUUUUACUUUAGUUACAUAUGAAAAUUAAAAUAGCAAAUAUAACUGAUUAUUACUAUUACAAAUGUAUUCCUCUACAGGAUUUUUUUUUUUAAAUAUCAAACUCACCAGUUGUGUCCUUUCAAUCUAUUUAUUCAUCAAACAUAAGCCAGACACCUAUUAUGUGGUAGGCAUAUUCUACUAUCUCACACCUACUACAUGGCAGGCAUAUUCUACUAUCUCUCAGCACCCUUCAUCUUUGAAAACUUCAUGUUUACAUGCUGGGGCUGAGCAAGCUGAAAGAUUUAAAAUUGGGGUAUUAGAACUUAAUCUCAAUUGAAGCUUUUCCUCUUUUCUUUCAAACAAAAGCAUUUCUGAAGGUAGAAAUAGUAAAAAGAUAACCUUUAAUUGCCCUUUAAAAUUUACAACAGUCUUGGAUAAAGACUGUUUUAGUACUUUUAAGAACUAAAAUGUGAUACAUAAACAGCAGCCACAAAAAAAAAUGAGAGCAUGUCCUUUACAGGGACAUGGAUGAUGUUGGAGGCCAUUAUCCUUAGCAAACUAACACAGGGACAGAAAACAUCAGAUACCAUAUGUUCUCACUUAUAGGUGAGAGCUAAAUGAUGAGAACACACAGACACCUACAGGGGAGCAGCACACACUGGGCCUAUCGGAGGGUGGGGGUUGGGAGGAGGGAAAGCAGCAGGAAGUAGAACUAACAGGUAGUAGGCUUAAUAUCUGGGUUAUGAAACAAUCUGUACAACCCCCCUUGGCACACAUUUACCUAUGUAACAAAACCACGCAUCCUGCACAGGUAUCCCUGGAUGUAAAAGUUGAAAAAACUGCACAAAUAAUUUUCUAAAUCCUUUCUUAAAAAAGAAAAUUGAUAAUAGUCUUAAAUCCUAAUAUUAAUGAUUGGAAAUAUCUGAUUUACAUACAUUCUGUAAAUCUGAGUAUUGAAAAAAAUGAGCCAUACCUAGUCAUUUAAAUCUCAAGUUUUCUUUGGCUUAAAGUUUUUUAAAAACCAAAGUAAGAAUUAGUUUAUUUUAGAAAUUUGUUUUUGUUUUCACCUCAACCUUCUUUUUUCAUAGUUCUUUUAAGAACUAAAAUUUAUCUAAAUGCCAGUCAUUGGACUAAAACUGCACCAGACCUGUUAUAUUAUAACAUAGCCUACCUACUGUAAGGCACCAGGGAUUGUAAGAUGCCCCGUUAUUUUAUGUCCCAAUAAGAGAAUUAUUUAAAUGCCGCCAAUUACAGUUAUAGUAAAUUAUGAAUUAUAAGUGGUAUUCCAGUAAAAGAAAUGUUCAAACAUGGAAUCAUCUUAGAAUCACUAAAAUAGAAUAUUACCUGUAAUCUUUAAAACAUACCUCAAAGUGUAGGUUUAAUUGUAUUAUCUCACUUAAUUCAAAUGUUGUCUCUAGCAGUAGUAGUAAAAAUUAUAAUAUCUAACAAUUAUUGAGCUGUUAUUUGUGUUAGAAACUAUUCUCUAUCUUUUGUGCACAGUCUCAUUUAAGUAUUACAGUGGUUUUCUCUGAGAACGCGACUAUUUUCAUUCCCACUUUAUUGAUGAGGAAAUUGAGAUACAAAAAGGCUAACCAACAUCUAAGAGUGGAAAGAGGAUUCCAGCCCAAGUUGAAUGGAAUCCAAGGGCUCUGCUCUUUCUAUUCAAAUAGGCGCUCUUUCAUUCAUGCAGUGAGUAAGGAGGGGUAAUACAUAGUAUACUUUCUUUAAAGGAAAAUUCAAUGUUUGUUUUGAAGGCAGAGUAAUAGCAGACUGUUCAGUGUUUGCAACGACAUGAAUUGUUGAGGUGGCUGUAGGUAGUGCACUACAUUUCCUAAAAAGUCUUCUCACUCCUACAGAACUGCUCUCCAUUUGGCCUCUGCCAAUGGGAAUUCAGAAAUAGUAAAACUCCUGCUGGACAGAAGAUGGAAACUUCAUGCCUUUGACAGUGAAAAGAGGACAGCUCUAAUAAAGUGCUUGCUGUGUCCUAGAUGCCCACUAGAAGCUUAUAAUUAUGAUUAUUAUAUUGAUUAUGUGCCAGACAUAACUGAUGAGGAAUGAAAGCUUUUUAAAAAAAGGUAGGUAGGAUUUAAGGUAAGCAUGCAGACUGAGUAGAAUGUUUCAAGGUAAAGAAGCAGAAGAAUGAUGAUUGGCAGAAGGAAGAGGUAACGAGACUGUGUUUGCUGGAAGGGACAUCUAAUGCUAUUGCCUCUGGAAGAGCAGCAAGUGCAGAAGACAAGAUGCUUGAGUAAGCUUUGCAGGGUUUAUGAGCAGUUCACUUUUGCUAGUAUCAAAAGUGUGAGAUACAAGACGUUGGGAAUGAGGUGAAUACUUAGCUAAGGUAAGUUUAUAAUAGACUUUUUAAUACUAUAGAAAUGAGUAGGUCUUCAGCCUUGGUCAACAUGGUGAAACCCCGUCUCUACUAAAAAUACAAAAAUUAGCUGGGUGUUGUAGCCAGCAUGUGUAAUCCCAGCUAAUUGGGAGAGUGAGGCAUGAGAAUCACUUGAACCUGGGAGGUAGAAGUUGCAGUGAGCUGUUGUGCCACUGCACUCCAGCCUGGGCAAAAGAGUAAGACUUUGUCUCGAAUGAAUGAAUGAAUGAAUGAAUGAAUGAAAUGAGUAGGUCUUAUCCUGUGGGCCAUGGAAAUUUUACCAAUAGAAUUCUUUGGACUGCAAAUACUAGAUGAGCAGUGGCUAAAACAGUAGGAACCGGAGUUGUUUUGGUUGUUCAGUGAUAUUCUAGGAUCCCACUUGUCCCUCUUUCAGCUGUGUUGUUGGCAGUGUUUAUUGUCUUCUUUCAUAGUUGGCUAAUCCACAACAGCUCCAAACAUCUUGUUCUCACAACACAACAUCGCACGGGCUGCUUUUCUUCACAGUGUCUUUUAAAAGGGAGAAAACUUAGAAGCAUGCAAAGGACUUCCUGUAACAUUUCAUUGGAUGGAUCACACCACAUGCACAUUCCAAAACCAGGCACUGGGAAAGCAGAUAAAUGAUUAGCCUAGAAUACUCAUUUCUCUUUCUGAAGCUGAGGAGGGGAACUGGGAUAAAAAACAUCCCAAUAUACUUGUGUUUCUUCUGUAAGAAAGAAUAAGGAAAGGCUAUUGGUAGGGAGCCAGCAGUGUUUGCUGCAGGGGCUCAUUGGAGAAAUUUGAGUAGGGGAGUCACAAGAUUAAAUUUGAGUAUUAAGGCAUUCUGGUUAUGGCAUAAAAAUGGUUAGUAAGCUUUUCCUGUAAAGGAUGAGGUGGGAAAUAUUUUAGACUAUGUGGUCUCUGUUGUAUCUUCUUAACCCUGCUGUUGUAGUGUGAAAACCACCAUGGAUAACAUGUAAGCAAAUUGGCAUGACUGAGAUCCAAGAAAACUUUAUUUACAAAGCCAUAAGGCAGACUGGAUUUGGCCUGUGGCCUGUAGUUUGUUGACCCCUCAUAAAGGAUUGAUGGAAGGUAACCAUGUAAAGAAAUCGGGAGACAAAGGAAGCUUCUGCAUUAGCAGUCAGCAAUAGUUUCCUUGUCACACAUCCUUCAACUAGUGUCAGUGUAUUUUGAGGUUUUCACCCAUGCAUGGUGGAAAAAAGAAACUCAGGAAUAUCAGUUACUCAUUUUAAAAUGUUGGCCUUUUUUGUGGUGUUACAUCUUUUUCAUUUGUUUUGCUUAAUUUUUUUCAUGUAAGAAAUAACAUUAAUAGUUGGCCAUUUUUAUUUAAAUAAAAUCCAUUUUCUAAAUGUUUAUGUUCCAAGUGGCAGUGGGAAUAUAAAGCAGAGACAGAAGAGAGGUAUAGUCAAUAUGAUGUAGUGAUAAUUGAAUAAGAAAAGUUUGGGGAAAGAGAAAUCUCAGAUGAUGCACUGGUGUCCAGAUAUACACUAGCAUUUAACCUGGACAUGAGGAAGGAGUAGGAAAUUUCCUGGUGGAUACAGAAGAGUAAAGAGCAGCAGAUUAGCAGGAAUGACUAAUUUUUUUUCUAUGCAUGUUUAAUGGCAUAUUUAUACAGGAUAUUUUGAGUAGGUAAUUGGAUAAUCAGCAUUCAUAACUUGCAUCCUACUAGUUUGACUCUCAAUAAUAAAACUUGUCAAUGAUCCAAGAAUCUGAAAGUUGAUAAAUGUCCAUGUGUAUCAUCAAUGACUGAAAGUCAGCAUCCACAGAAUUGGGACAGAUGAACUCGAUAAAGAUGAAUGUCGGAGUUGUGUUUCUCUUAGGGACUGAUACUCUCUAUGACCUGUGUGACUCACAGCUGCCAGAAAAGAAAGAGAGCAAGGAGCCUAUUAAAGAAGCACAGCAAAUUCAGUCCUAGAGUGUCUUGCUAGGCUUCAUGUCACCGUUCGACUUGUAACAAAUUAUUUUCUGCAAAAUGUGCUUUGUGUUUUUCCUCUCUUGCAGCCUGUGAACAAACAGAAUCCCUUAACAGGGCAUUUUUGUGUUCUUUCUUGAAACAAAGCAACAUGUAAAUAACAAAAAGAAAAAAGUAAGAGGAAGAGUGUUUUUUGUAUAGGCUAGCAUUUAAUGUAAACUUGAGAGUGAGUACCAGGAUUAUACUUCGAAUUUAGGGACUGGAUGAGAAAACUAGAUAGAAAUCUAUAUUUAAUAUAAACAUUUCAGUGUACUGGGUAAAACUUUUAUUAAAAUACAUCAAAGGACUUUGAUCCACUACACCAGGAGCUGGCCAGCUUUUACUGCAAGGACCCAGUUAGUAAAUAUUUUAGGCUUUGUGGGCUACGUGUAUUUAUUUUUUUUGAGACAGGGUCUCACUCUGUCUCCCCGGCUGGAGUGCAGUUGUGUGAUCAUGGCUCACUGCAGCCUUGACUUUCUGGGCGCUAGUGAUCCUCCCGCCUCAGCCUCUCUACUAGCUGGGACCACAGGUGUGCAACAUCACACUUAGCUAAUGGACUCUAUGGACUAUAAAGUGAAUAAGCAUGGCUGUGCUCCAGGAUACUUUACAAAUACAGACAGGGGGCUGGAUUUGGCCCACAAGUGCUAAUUUGCUAUCCUUGUGCUGAAAGGAAGGUGCUGCUAAUGCAGUGAAUCUUAUUUGUAAAAGUACUCUGCAUGUGUGACAUUCUUCUUCCUUUGAAAUAAGGAUAUAUUUAAGUAGUCACCUCAUCACGUUUCUCAACAGUAACUUGAUGUAAUUUUUAACAUUUCAUUUAUAAUAUAAGAUUCUUUUCUGCUUUUCUUCUAUUUUAUUCCUGUUAAUAGCAUUCAGUAUUUUACUGUGAUAAUUACUUUGUAUAUUUGAUGAGUAUCCACUAUCCUAGAAUUGGCUGAUUUUUAUCAAGCAAGAAAUACUCUCUUUGAAACUUUAGUAUUCCUUGGUCUUUAUGUGUAAGCACGAAUAUGAUAACCAGCUUAUGUAAUUUAGUAAUGAUCAAGGAAGGAGUCUUUUAGUUCUAUAAUUUUAAGAAUUUAAUACCUCAGUCUGGCAUCUUUUAACUCUGUAAGUGUAAAAUUUUUAUAACCUUUAAAAUAUAUAAUUGCUAUAUAAAAUUUGAAAACUUCUGUUUCUUGUCUAUUGCAUUUCCAUGACUGACUCCCAAUUAUGAUCUCCUUAAAAGAACUAUUUACACUCAUGAACUCAGAUUUUCUUUCCAUUCAGUCUUGAUCUCACACCAGUAAGUAUUCAAUUUCAGCACUCCUCCAAGGUUAUUUUUCUCAAGGUUAUCACUUAUUUUUUUCUGUAACAAAUCUAGGACAUUUUUCUUAUGCCUCAUUUUAUUUAAUCUUUCAGGAAUAUUAAAGCACAUGGAGGACAUCUCCCUGAGAGCGUCUUCAGUUGACUUUCAGGACCUCACUCCCUCAGGCCUCUUGCCUUUCUAGUCCUUUAUCAUGGUCUGUUUACUCGCUUCUCAUCUUUCUCCUUUUGCACAUUGUUGUUUCCUAGGGCUCAGUCCUCAAUCUUUUCUCGUUACUUUUUCUUUCUUUUUUGAGAUGGAGUCUUGCUCUGUCACCUAGGCUGGAGUUCAGUGGCGCAAUUUUGGUUCAUUGCAACCUUCGCCUCCUGGGUUCAAGUAAUUCUUCUGCCCCAGCCUUCUGAGUAGCUGGGAUUACAGGUGCACGCCACCAUGCCAAGCUAAUUUUUGUAUUUUUAGUAGAGACAGGGUUUCCCCAUGUUGGCCAGGCUGGUAUCAAACUCCUGACCUCAGGUGAUCUGCCUGCCUUGGCCUCACAAAGUGUUGAGAUUUCAGGCACUAGCCACUGCACCCAGCUCCUCAGGACUUUUUCUUUUUUUUCUUUUUUUCUUUUAUUUUAGGUGCAUAUUAUAGCUGGCAUUUCUCCCCAUGUUAUCCCUUCCCAGCCUCCCCUCCCUUCCCAACCCCCACUGUCUCUUCCCUACCGCCUCCAACUGCCCCCAGUGUGUGAUGUUCCUCUCCCUGAGUCCAUGUGUUCUCAUUGUUCAACACCCACCUAUGAUUGAGAACAUAUGGUGUUCGGCUUUCUGUUCUUGUGUCAGUUUGCUGAGAUGAUGGUUUCCAGAUUCAUCCAAGUCCCUACAAAGGACACAAACUCAUCGUUUUUUAUGGGUGCAUAGUAUUCCAUGGUGUAUAUGUACCACAUUUUCUUUGUCCAGUCUAUCAUUGGGCAUUUGGGUUGGUUCCAGGUCUUUGCUAUUGUACACAGGCUGCAAUGAACAUAUGUGUGCAUGUGUCUUUAUAGUAGAACAAUUUAUAGUUCUUUGGAUAUGUACCCAGGAAUGGGAUUGCUGGAUCAAAUGGAAUUUCUAUUUCUAGAUCCUUCAGAAAUCACCACACUGUCUUCCACAAUGGUUGAACUAAUUUACACUCCCACCAACUGUGUAAGAGUAUUCCUAUUUCUCCACAUCCUCUCUGGCAUCUGUUGUCUCUAGAUUUUUUUAAUGAUCACCAUUCUAACUGGCAUGAGAUGAUAUCUCAGUGUGGCUUUGCUUUGCAUUUCUCUAAUGACCAGUGAUGAUGAGUGUUUUUUCAUAUGUUUGUUGGCCUCAUAUAUGUCUUCUUUUGAAAAGUGUCUUUUCAUAUCCUUUGCCCACUUUUGAAUGGGGUUGUUUUUUUUCUUGUAUAUCUGUUUUAGUUCUUGUAGAUUCUGGAUAUUAGCCCUUUGUCAGAUGGGUAGAUUGCAAAAAAUUUUUACCAUUCUGUUGGUUGCCAAUUUGCUCUAAUGAUGGUUUCCUUUGCUGUAUAGAAGCUCUGGGGUUUAAUUAGAUCCCAUUUGUCUAUUUUGGCUUUUAUUGCCAUUGCUUUCGGUGUUUUAGUCAUAAAGUCCUUGACUAUGCCUAUGUCCGGUAUGGUUUUGCCUACAUUUUCUUCUAGUGUUUUUAUGGUGUUAAGUUUUGUGUUUAAGUCUUUGAUCCAUCUGGAGUUAAUUUUAGUGUAAGGUGACAGGUAGGGGUCAUUUCUGCUUUCUGCAUAUUGCUAGCCAGUUUUCCCAACACCAUGUAUAAAACAUGGAGUCCUUUCCCCACUGCUUGUUUUUGCCGGUUUUGUCAAAGAUCAGAUGGUUGUAGAUGUGUGGUGUUUCUUAUGGGGUCUCCGUUCAGUUCCAUUGGUCUAUGUCUCUGUUUUUGGUACCAGUACCAUGCUGUUUUGAUUACUGUAGCCUUGUAGCAUCGUUUGAAGUUAGGCAGUGUGAUGCCUCCAGCUUUGUUCUUUUUGCUUAGGAUUGUCUUUGCUAUGCGGCGGUUUUUGUGAUUCCAUAUGAAGUUUAAAGUGGUUUUUCCAGUUCUGUGAAGAAGGUCAUUGGUAGCUUGAUGGGGAUAGCAUUGAAUCUAUAAAUUACUUUGGGCAGUAUGGCCAUUUUCACAAUAUUGUUUCUUUCUAACCAUGAGUGUGGAAUGUUUUUCCAUCUGUUUGUGUCCUCUCUUAUUUCAUUGAGCAGUGGUUUGUAGUUCUCCUUGAAGAAGUCCUUUGCAUCCUUUGUUAGUGUAUUCCUAGGUAUUUUAUUCUCCUUGUAGCAAUUGUGAAUGGGAGUUUGCUCUUGAUUUGGCUCUCUAUCUGUUGGUAUAUAGGAAUGCUUGUGAUUUCUGCACAAUUAUUUUGUAUCCUGAGACUUUGCUGAAGUUGCUUAUCAGUUUCAGAAGAUUUUGGGCUGAGACGAUGGGGUCUUCUAAAUACACAAUCAUGUCAUCUGCAAAUAGAGUACAGUUUGACUUCCUCCUUUCCUAAUCAAAUACCGUUUAUUUCUUUUUCUUGGCUGAUUGCUCUGGCUAGAACUUCCAAUGCUAUGUUGAAUAGGAGCGGUGAGAGAGGGCAUCCUUGUCUAGUGCCUGAUUUCAAAGGAAUUCUUCCAGCUUUUGCCUGUUCAGUAUGAUAUGGGCUGUAGGUUUGUCAUAUAUAGCUUUUAUCAUUUUAUGAUAAAUUCUGUCAGUACCUAGUUUAUUGAGAGUUUUUAGCAUGAAGGGCUGUUGAAUUUUAUCAAAGACCUUCUCUGCAUUUAUUAAGAUAAUCCUGUGGUUUUUGUCUUUGGUUCUGUUUAUGUGAUGGAUUACAUUUAUGGAUUUGCUUAUGUUAAACCAGCCUUACAUCCCUGGGAUGAAGCCUACUUGGUCGGGAUGGAAAAGCUUCUUGAUGUGCUGUUGCAGUCUGUUUGCCAGUAUUUUAUUGAAGAUUUUUGCAUCGAUAUUCAUCAUGGAGAUUGGCCUGAAGUUUUCUUUUUUAGUUGAGUCUCUGCCUGGUUUUGGUAUUGGGAUGAUGUUGGUCUCACAAAAUGAGUUAGGGAGGAUUCCCUCCUUUUGUAUUGUUUGAUAGUUUCAGAAGGAAUGGAACCAGCUCCUCUUUGUACUUCUGGUAGAAUUCGGCUGCGAACCCUCUGGACCUGGCCUUUUUUUUUGGUCGGUAGGCUAUUGAUUCCUGCCUCUACUUCAGCCCUUGUUAUUGGUCUAUUCAGGGUUUCAACUUCCUCCUGAUUUAGUCUUGGUAGAAUACAAGUGUCUAGGAAUUUAUCCAUUUCAUCCAGUUUUACUGGUUUAUGUGCAUAGAGUCAUUUGUAGUAAUCUCUGAUUGUAGUUUGCAUUUCUGUGGAGUCAGUGGUGAUAUCCCCUUUAUCAUUUUCUAUUGCAUCUAUUUUAUUCUUCUCCCUUUUCUUUUUUAUUAAUCUGGCUAGGGACCUGUCUGUUUUGUUGAUCUUUUUGAAAAACCUGCUCCUGGAUUUAUUAAUUUUAUGAAGGUUUUUUUGUGUCUCUAUCUCCUUCGGUUCUGCUCUGAUCUUAGCUAUUUCUUGUCUUCUGCUGGCUUUUGAGUUUUUUUGACCUUGCUCCUCUAGCUCUUUCAAUUCUGAUGAUAGAGUGUUGAUUUUAGAUCUUUCCUCGCUUCUCUGGUGGGCAUUUGUUGCUAUAAAUUUCCUUCUCGACACUGCUUUAAAAGUGUCCCAGAGAUUCUGGCACAUUGUGUCUUCAUUCUCAUUUGUUUCAAAGAACAUCUUUAUUUCUGCCUUCAUUUCAUUGUUUAUCCAGUUGACAUUCAGGAGCCAGUUGUUCAGUUUCCAUGAAGUUGUGCAGUUCUGAGUUAGUUUCUUAAUUCUGAGUUCUAAUUUGAUUGCAUGUGGUCUAAGAUACUGUUAUGAUUUCCAUUGUUUUGCAUUUGCUUAGGAGUGAUUUAUUUCCAGUUAUGUGGUCAAUUUUAGCGUAGGUGCUGUGCGGUGCUGAGCAGAACGUAUGUUCUGUGGAUUUGGGGUAGAGAUUUCUGUUGAUGUCUAUUAGGUCUGCUUGGUCCAGAUCUGAGUUCAAGUCCUGGACAUCCUUGUUAAUUUUCUGUCUCGUUGAUCUGUCUAAUAUUGACAAUGGAGUGUUAAAGUCUCCCAUUAUUAUUAUGUGGGAGUCUAAGUCUCUUUGUAGGUCAUUAAGAACUUGCUUUAUGGACGUCACCACCACGUACUCAGGGGUCCCCCGCGGCAGCGCUCAGGGCCCCUGGAGGGGCGGUCCAUUUAACGGUGCGGCCAGAGGGGCGCAGGCGGGAGCGCGGCGGGGCUGAGCGCGCCCUCUGUGAGGCGUCGCUCGCGGGCCAGGGGCGGAUGGGCGGCCUUAGGCCGCCGGGCAGCAGUCGGGAUGCAUGCGGGAGCCGGGGGCAGCGGCCGAGGCCUCGGCGGUCUGGCGGGGGCGCCCGGGGAACUUGGCGCGUCGGGGCCGGGAGUGGCGCGGGCCGGGCGGGGCGCAGGCGGGCGGGCGGGGAGCGCCCCGUGUUCGAUCCCCGGGCCGGUCCCUGAGCGCGCGGCCUCUGCGCCGCCGCCGCGCCAUGGCGGAGACCAAGAUCAUCUACCACGUGGACGAGGAGGAGACUCCGUACCUGGUCAAGCUGCCCGUGGCCCCCGAGCGCGUCACGCUGGCCGACUUCAGGAAUGUGAUCAGCAACCGGCGGGUGCACGCCUAAAAAUUCUUCUUCAAGUCCAUGGACCAGGACUUCGGGGUGGUGAAGGAGAUCUUGGACGACAACGCCAAGCUGCCCUGCUUCAACGGCCGCGUGGUCUCCUGGCUGGUCCUGGCUGAGGGUGCUCACUCACAUGCCGGCUCCCAGGGCACCGACAGCCACACAGACCUGCCUCCGCCUCUUGAGCAGACAGGUGGCAUCGGGGACUCCCGGACCCCAUCCUUCCACCCGAAUGUGGCCAGCAGCCGUGACGGGAUAGACAAUGAGAUGGGCAUGGAGUCCAAGGUCGGCCACUGGCGGGAGCGUGCCCGCCGCCGGAACCGCGAGGAGGCCACCCGGACCAAUGGGCACCCGAGGGGAGACCGGCGGCGGGACGUGGAGCUGCCCCCAGACAGCACGUCCACUGCCCUGAGCAGCGAGCUCGAGUUCAGCAGCUUUGUGGACUCAGAUGAGGAUGGCAGCACGAGCAGGCUGAGCAGCUCCACGGAGCAGAGCACGUCAUCCAGGCUCAUCCGGAAGCACAAGCGCAGGCGGAGGAAGCAGCGCCUGCGGCAGACGGACCGGGCCUCCUCCUUCAGCAGCAUUACGGACUCCACCAUGUCUCUCAACAUCGUCACUGCCAUGCUCAACAUGGAGAGACACCACUUCCUUGGCAUCAGCAUCGUGGGGCAGAGCAACGAUCGUGGAGAUGGCGGCAUUUACAUAGGUUCCAUAAUGAAGGGCGGGGCAGUGGCCGCUGAUGGCCGAAUUGAGCCCGGGGACAUGCUGCUGCAGGUAAACGAUGUGAACUUUGAGAACAUGAACAACGACGACGCUGUGCGGGUUCUUCAGGAGAUCGUGUCCCAGACAAGGCCCAUCAGCCUUACCGUGGCCAAGUGCUGGGACCCAACGCCCCGAAGCUACUUCACCGUCCCAAGGGCUGACCCCGUGAGGCCCAUCGACCCUGCUGCCUGGCUGUCCUACACGGCGGCACUGACGGGAGCCCUCCCCCGCUACGGUACGAGCCCCUGCUCCAGCGCCCUCACGCGCACCAGCUCCUCCUCACUAACCAGCUUGGUGCCUGGUGCUCCGCAGCUGGAGGAGGCGCCGCUGAUGGUGAAGAGUGACAUGGGCACCGUCGUCUGGGUAAUGCAGCUGCCGGACUUGGGACUGGAGAUUUGUGACCGCAUGUGGCUCAAGAUCACCAUCGCCAAUGCCGUCAUCAGAGCGGACGUGGUGGACUGGCUGUACACGCACAUGGAGGGCUUCAAGGAGCGUCGGGAGGCCCAGAAGUAUGCCAGCAGCUUGCUGAAGCACGGCUUCCUGCGGCGGCACAAGGUCAACAAGAUCACCUUCUCUGAGCAGUGCUACUAAGUCUUCGGGGACCGGUGUAGCAAUCUCGUGGCCCUGAACCUCAACAGUGGCUCCAGUGGGGCCUCGGAUUGGGACAUGCUGGCUCCGCUGCCCCACCCUACCACCCCCUGGCCCCUGGGACAGGGCUACCCCUACCAGUACCUGGGACCCCCGCCCUGCUUCCCACCUGCCUACCAGGACCCAGGCUUUAGCUAUGGCGGCGGCAGCACUGGGAGUCAGCAGAGUGAAGGGAGCAAGAGUAGCGAGUCUGCCAGGAGCAGCCGCCAGGCACUGGGCCGUGAGAAGGAGCAUCAGGCGGCAGGAGCUGGGGGCAGCGGCAGCGAAUCAGACCACACGGCACCGAGUGGGGUGGGCAGCAGCUGGCGGGAGUGUCCAGCUGGCCAGCUUAGCCGAGGAAGAAGCCCACGCAGUCAGGCUUCAGCGACUGCCCCGGGGCUUCCCACACCCCACCCCGUGACCAAGGUCUCUACCAUGGUCGGGGGCCCACCCGGGGGCCUGCCUGUCCGGGAGCUGGCCGCCAUCCCCCCGGAAUUGACAGGCAGCCGCCAGUCCUUCCAAAAGGCCAUGGGGAAUCCCUGCGAGUUCUUCAUGGACAUCAUGUGAUCUGUGUGCGCCCACAGUCCUGCCUGGGGCAGGGAGUUGGCCGUCCUGGUGCAUGCAGAGCUCAAGAGGGCUAGCCUUAGUGGGGGCAGGCUGGACCAUUGCUGUCAUCUGCGCGGCAGCCCGGCGGCUCCAGCUCCUGGAAGCAGCUGUGUCUGAGCAGCCGCGUUAGGGUGCUCCCUCUUUGUUCCUCAGUGAGAGCCUCGGGGACCUCCCAACCCCUUGUGUCUGGUGGUGACCCCUCCUAGGACGAGGAAGACCCCCUGGGGCUCCGGGCUGACCCCCACACCUCCUGCACAGUGGUGCACGGGCCCCCUGAGAGACCCAUGAGGUGCACGCCUGCAGUGCACAGGCCCAUCCGUCUGACCCCGACGGGGCCUCCUGCGGGUGGAGCAGAGCCCCCAGGUCCCUCCUGCUGUCUGGGGUAGGGAUCUAAUUUAUUUAUUGCCUGGCUGGUGCCUCAGUGGAGGAGGUGGCCCUACCAGCUGUCCCAACUGCCCCCACCCCUUGGAGCAGCCUGCACCUUCCCACCUCUCCUUCAGCCACACAGUCGAGUCUGAAUGUGUGGAGGAUGGGACAGAAAGACAAGAGAGGGCUGGAUGUCCUGCCCUCAUCCCAACCAGGGCAGAGAGGGUCUGUGGUCCUCAGGGUCAAGGGGCCCUGAUGGGCACAGCUGCCGCAGGGAGAGAGGUCUUGGGGAGAUGAGCUGUCAGCUGGCCCGUCCUUGGUGAAUGCACACACACUGCCCACUUGCACCAUGGCCCGCACACACUGGCCCCCCUGUGUCUGCGCUGUAGAUAAUGUAUCAAAGUCCUAGCAUCUAGAUGGUUAACAUAGAGCUGCUUCUGCAUAAAAAAAAAAAAAAAGAACUUGCUUUAUGUACCUGAGUGCUACCCAGGUGCUCCUGUAUUCGGUGCAUAUAUAUUUAGGAUCGUUAGCUCUUCUUGUUGCAUUGAUUCUUUUACCUUUAUGUAAUCCCCUUCUUUGUCUCUUUUGAUCUUUGUUGGUUUAAAGUCCAUUUUAUCAGAGACUAGGAUUGCAACUCCUGCAUUUUUUUUUUUUUUUUUUUUGCUCUCCAUUUGCUUGAUACAUCUUCCUCCAUCCCUUCAUUUUUAGCCUAUGUGUGUCCUUGCACAUGAAAUGAGUUUCCUGAAUACAGCACACUGAUGGGUUUUGACUUUUUAUCCAAUUUGGCAGUCUGUUUCUUAUAAUUGGGGCAUUUAGUUCAUUUACAUUUAAGGUUAAUAUUGUUAUGUGUGAAUUUGAUACUGCCAUUUUGAUGCUAGGUGGCUGUUUUGCCCUUUAGUUGACACAUUUUCUUCAUUGUAUCGAUGGUCUUUACCAUUUAGUACAUUUUUGGAGUGGCUGGUACUGAUUGUUCCUUUUCUUGAUUAGUGCUUCUUUCAGGAGCUCUUGUAAGGCAGGCCUGGCUUUGAGAACAUCUCUCAGUAAUUGCUUGUCCAUUAAGGAUCUUCUUUCUCCUUCGAAUGUGAAGCUUAGUUUGGCUGGAUAUGAAAUUCUAGGUUGAAAGUUCUUUCCCCUAAGGAUGUUGAAUAUUGGCCAUCACUCUCUUCUGGCUUGUAGGGUUUGUGUGGAGAGAGCCCCUGUGAGUCUGCUUGUCUUCCGUUUGUGGGUAACCCGACCUUUCUCUCUUGCUGCCCUUAGCAUUUUUUUCUUGAUUUCAACCCUGGUGAAUCUGAUGAUUAUGUGCCUUGGGGUUGCUCUUCUUGAGGUAUAUCUUUGUGGUGUUCUCCAUACUUCCUGGACUUGAAUGGUGGCCUGCCUUGCUAGGUUGGGGAAGUUCUCCUGGAUAAUAUCCUGAAGAGUGUUUUCCAGCUUGCAUUCAUUCUCUCUGUCACAUUCAGGUACGCCUAUCAAACGUAGAUUAGGUCUUUUCACAUAAUUCCAUAUUUCUUAGAGGCUUUGUUCAUUUCUUUUCACUCUUUUCUCUCUACUCUUGCCUUCUCCUUUUGUUUCAUUGUGUUGAUCUUCAAUCUCUGAUAUCCUUUCUUCUGCUUGGUCAAUUCAGCUACUGAAACUUGUGUAUGCUUCAUGAAGUUGUCAUGCUGUGUGUUUCAGCUCCAUCAAGUCGUUUCUAUUCUUCUCUAAGCUGUUUAUUCUAGUCAGCAUCUCAUAUAACCUUUUUUUCUAGGUUCUUAGUUUCUUUGCACCAGGUUAGCACAUGCUCUUUUAGCUCUGAGAAGUUUGUUAUUACCCACCUUCUGAAUCCUGUUUCUGCCAAUUCAUCAGGUUCAUUCUCCAUCUAUCUUUGAUCCCUAGCUGGUGAGGAGUUGUGAUCCCUUGGAGCAGGAGAGUUCUUCUGGUUUUUGGUGUUUUCUUCCUCUUUGCGCUGGUUUCUUCCCAUCUUAGUGGCUUUAUCUACCUGUGGUCUUUGUAGUUGAUGACUUUCAGGUGGGGUCUCUAAGUGGACAUCCUUUUAAUUGAUGUUGAAGUAUUUCUUUCUGCUUCUUUAGUUUUCCUUCUAACAGGCCCCUCUGCUGCAGGAUCACUGGAGGUCCACUCCAGAUCCCACUCACCUGGGGAUCACCCACAGGGGCUGCAGAACAGCAAGGGUUGCCGUCAGUUUCUUCCUCUGCUAUCCUCAUCCCAGAAGGGUACCCACCAGAUGUUGGCCUGAGCUUUCCUUUAUGAUGUGUCUUUUUGGGAAUAUGGGGCUCAGGGAGUUGCUUGAGGAGACAGUCUGUCCCUUAUAAGAGCUCAAGUGCUGUGCUGGGAGUUCUGUUGUUUUGUGCAGAGCUGAUAGGCUGGUACCUUUAAGUCUGUUGCAGGUAAACUCAUAACCGCCUGUUUUCCAAGGUGCUCUGUCCUAGGAAGGUCAGCUUUAUUUAUAAGUUUCUGUUGUGCUGCUGCCUUUUUCAUAGAUGUCCUGCCUGGCACAGAGUAGUCUGCAUUGGUAGUGAAAGACUGCCUUGGUAGUGGGGGACACCCUUCCCCUGACUGAGCUAUACCAUCCCAGGUCCAGCUGCACUUGUUUUGAAACUCUUAAUCCAAAGGGUUUCCGAUUUCUUGUCUUGUGGGGGUGGUACCCAUCAAGCCAGAUCACCUGGUUCCCUGUCUCAGCCCCCUCUGUUUCAGUUGAAUGGGCAGGUCUGUCUCCCAGGCAUUCCAGGCACCAGUUGAAAUGACCACCCAAACUUAUGUGAGUUUCUUUGUGCUGACCCAGCACUGGCUGAAACUGCUGAAAUGAAAACUCAUGGCGCUUUUCCGCUCAGGAAUCUCCUAGUCUGUGGGCAGUGAAAACUUGUUUGGAAAUGCAGUGAGCACUCACCCUCUGCACUGUUCUCACUGGGAACUGCACUCCGGAGAUGUUCCUAUUCAACCAUCUUGGACCCUCCCUAAUCUCAUUAUUUCUAAGAAAAACUCUAUAAGUCAUAUCUUAUUUAUCAUUCAUAUUUUGAAUUAAAGGCUUUUUUUGUAUUAUAUAUUUACAUCACAGACGUAACUGUGAUUUUCUGGAGGAUCACUAGAAGUAGCAUCAGAUGACCUAGGGAAAAUUCUUCACAAUAUACUGUACACACACACACACACACACCUAUAUACAUAUAUAUAUACACACACACACGUGCACACAUGUUUGUUUUGAAACAGAGUCUCACACUGUCUGUCACCCAGCUUGGAGUGCAGUGGCGUGAUCUCAGCUCACAGCAACCUCCACCUCCUGGUUCACAUGAUUCUCCUACCUCAACCUUUUGAGUAGCUUGGAUUACAGGUGCACACCACUAUACCUGGCUAAUUUUUAAAUUUUUAGUAGAGAUGAGGUUUCCCUAUGUUGGCCACACUGGUCUUGAACUAACCUCAUGAUCCACCGACCUCAGCAGCUGGGAUUAUAGGUGUGAGCCACUGCACCCGGCCACAUGUACAAGUGCAGUGCUACAUACAACACUGAACAUUACAGGCAUGAACCACAGUGCCCAGCCACAUAUAUUUUUUUGUUUCUCUUUUUAAGAAUCUCAAUCUUAAAUGAGUUCAAAGUUUUAUGUAGAAGUGCAAUGCUUAGACGCAGAUGUGUACAUAUAGAAGGAUACAAUCCUUAGAGUUUACAGUUAUGAAUAAAUGUAAUUCUUAUAACUGACUAUAAAAGUAUUAGAAAAGUCAUAUAUUAAUAAAACAUUCUUCAGAAAAAGGAACUUAAAAACUUUGAGGAAUUGCUUCUGUCCAAAUACAUGCAUAGCUAAGGCUCUUACAAUGGUGUGAUUUAUAGGAUAGACAGCAGAGUGCAAAUCCAAUUUUAAAAACAUAGUCAAAUGUAUUAAUCUUAUAUUUUAUGCCUAUGGGUUUUUUGUAAUUCAGAGAAAGCUGUUCCAAUUCUGAAAUUCUUUAAAAUCCUCUAGUGAUUUAUUUUUUACGGUAUUUAAAUCAAUAUUUAAACUUUCUGGAACUUACACUCUAUUAGGUUUGAAGUCUUGUCCAGCUGUUUUUCAGUUAAAUAUUCACCGUGGGAAUUCUUUCAUUAUACAGAUAUACACAUUAUUCUUAAAUUUCAGAAGAAAUUAUCAUAUGUUAUUCUAUUGUGUGCUAACUAAAAUUUUCCUUUGUUGACUGAGAGUUCUCUUACCCAUAAGAAAGAAAAAGAUCUUUUGCAUGAAAAUAGCAUGUUGUGGGAAAAAAUUGCCAUGCUAAGCCUGGAACUAGACACAAUAAAACAGCAAAACCCGCUAAGGAAAAAGAAAUUUUUGGAGGACACUGAAAGUGUGAAAGCAAAGAAUGCUAAUAUUCUAAAGCCUAUAAAAUUGGAUAAGGAGGAAUGAACAAAGACAGUAUUUAAGGACAGUGGCAGCUCAGCAUUUUGAUAACGAGGAUAAGAUGGUCAGUUCUGAAUUGGAGAAUGUAAGACACAACUAGGAAACACUGGAAAUGGAAAUUCAGUCAUGCCAUUGUAGACUGGCUACUGCUCUACAUGACUGACCAAAGCCAGAUAGCAGAAGGAGCCUUCUUUCCAGAGAAAAGACAUGAACAGGUUUAUUUACAGGAGACAAUGAAUUCUCCUAUAUCUAACUGAAAGAUAACAGCAAGAUUCUUUCUGAACAACCGUAAUGCUUAUUGUAAAGUUAACAGCCUAAAAGUUCAGCUCCAUCACACAAGAUAAACUCUGAGAGAAAAGACAGGGCAGGCCGCUGUCUUUCCUGUUGGAGGAACUCAGUUAUUCCAGCCUGCAGUCAUUGGAGAGUACAAACUGACCAGGGGCAGAAGUCAGCCUGCAGCACAGCAGAGCUGCUUUCCCAAAUCACGGCCAGACUGCUUCUGUAAGCAGGCUCCUGAUCCUGUUCCUCCUUACUGAGCAGGACUUCCCACCUGGGGCCUACAGCUACCUGCACCAGUGUUCCCUGGCUAAUGGAGAUUUGAAACAUUCCUUAGAGCUCCCACAGAGGGGGGUGGGCCACCCACUUUGCUGUUUGGAUAACUAGCUGUUCUGGCCUAUGGGCUUUGGAGAGCCCAAGCUGACCGGGGGUGGAAGUGGUAGUUCAGAACAGCACAGCCAUCUUGUGAAAACAUGGCCAGACUCUUGUUGAAGUCAGUCCCCAACCACAUUUCUAAUCCCUGGGUGGAGCCUUUCAACCAGGGCCUCCGGCUGCCUUCACUGCUGUUCUGUGGCUGACAGAUGUUUCAGGCCUCCCUGAGUCAGAGCUUCCAGGGGGAGGACCAGACUGUCAUAUUUGCUGUUUGGGUGACUCAGCUAUUUCAACCUUGGGGCUUCAGAGUGUCUGAGGCAACCAGGGGCUGAAGUGAACCCCCAGCACAGCACAGCUGCUCUACAGAAAUGUGGCCAGACUUUUUUCAAAGCAAGUCGCUGUUCUUGUUCCUCCCGACUAGACAAGACUUCUGAACUUGUCUCCAGCCACCUCCUAUAGGUGUGUUCAGAUUGGCAACAGGAUUGUACCUCCGUGGUACAGAGCUCCCCGAGGAAGAGGCAGACUAUCAUCUUUGCCUUUUCGCAGCCUUCAUUAGUGAUGCCUUCAGGCACUGGAAGAUAUGAGGCGAUUAGGGACUGGAGUGGACCCCCAGCACACCACAGCAGCCUUAUGGAAAAGUGGCUGAACUGUUACAUGGGUGCUGGUUUCCAUAUCUCCUCGAUGAGCAGGUCCUCCCGGCUUGGGUCUUUAGCCAGGCCCCCACUGAAGCCAUCAAGCCAGUAGCAACUUGGCAAUUCCUUGGACAGAGAUUCCAGGAGCAACUGAAAUCCUCUCUGCCACUGCCUCUGCAGUGGAUCUGCCCUUGUUACCUUCUGAAUAUCAAGAAAGCAAAGACCCUAAGUGCCAUAUUGAUACCUCUAACAAGCUGCAGUUAACCCAAGAAACAAGGCAGUCCAUCUCUUGUGGGUACCACACACCCCCCACUGCUUAUCACCAGACAGGGAACCCUGGCUUGGGCCCACAGCACAGACCCUCCAUCCUGGGCUGAUUACACUAAGUGAUGGCUAGCUCACAUCGCUCUGGGGUGGAGCCCCCAGGAGACAAGCAAAGUGAUGGAGCAGCAAGCCAGCUGAUGUGAAGCCCAGAGGGCAGGGACAGCCAUCUCUCCAGGCUCUACUUGGUCUUAUGAGACACUUUAUCAGCACUUUAGUGUGUGGAGGUCAGAUCAGCCACAUCUCAUGUGAAGAUUGCCCAGCAGAGAUCAGGUGUGAGAGUUUCCCACUUAAUGAAAGGAGACUUGCUUAAAAAAGAAGUCUGGCCACAUUUUUGUAGAGCAGCUGUGCUGUGCUGGGGCUUCACUUUUCAGAGAAUUCUCCUCUGAGACAUGAUCUCUGCUGGGCAUUCUUGAACAUGAGAUGAAGCUGGUCUGACCUCUGCACUCCUUAGUCUGCUUGCCUCUCCCAGGGCCCCAGCCUGGCCACACCUGCCUACAGGGCACUCUCAGGUGCCCACACCAUAGCUUCUGUGCCAGUGGACCAUGUCUGAGCAGUGGAAAGAUGCAGCAACAUGGCCCGUCCAGGCAUGCACCAGCCUCUACAUUGCCUCUCCAUACUGCAGCUCUUUAUACACAAAUUUCCUACAUCGCUUUGCUGGUGUGUGUUUACAUGAGUGGAUUUUGCCGUCCUUGCCCUACCAGCACUUGGGAGUGUAGCGCACACUUCAACUCACAGCAACUGCCAUUGAAGAGAAAGCCAUGAUGGGCACAGAAUCAAAAACACCACCCUUGCCAACACCUUGCCCUUGAGCUAAUGCUGUGCACAAAAAAGGGACCGUAAUGUACCUUGAGUGACUACUGCUGCUUAGGGGGUCACAGAGAAGGCACCCAGACCUGCACAGGCCAGCACCCCACCCUGAACCAACACUACCUCCAGUGCAACAGCACACUCAGCAGGGGUCCCCUGGCCCCCACCCAAGCUGUCUUGCCUCCACCACUGGGUGAAUGCCCACAGGGAGGCAGGCACUUUUGCAUCUGCUAGCACUAUGCCACAGCUGCCACACAUUGGUGCCUUCAGUGCAGUAGACUCCACACUUCGAGGAGCCAGAAAACAAAGUUGAGACCCAAUACAAGUUUCCCAGAGUUAAAGGACACAGUCCAGGAAUUGGGAGAUGAAUGUUGGCCCCCUAAAGUUCUCCAAAACCAAAGCCAGUUGGCUGAAUCUACCUUACGCCACAAUCAAACCCUCAAGGUCGUCAAAUAUGAUAAAAGAAAAAUACCCUGUCCAAAGGUCAGCAACCUCAAAGGUUGAAGGUGAAUUUGCUCAGAAAGAUGAGGAAGAAUCUGUGCGAUAACACUGAAAACUCAAAAAGUCAGCAUGCCUUCUUUCCUCCAGAUGAUUACAUCAACUGUUCAGCCUGUUCAAGUUUUCAGAACUGGCCAGAGGCUGACAUGUCUGAAACGAUACAGGCAGAAUUCAGAAUGUGGGUAGAAACAAAGUUCACUGAGUGAAAGAAGUAUGUCAUGAUCCAAUGCAAGGAGGCCAAAAAUGAUUGUAAAACAUCACAGGAGCUAACAGGCAAUAUAGCCAGCAUAAAGAACAUAACCAGUGCUCGCUUUGGCAGCACAUGUACUAAAAUUGGAAUGAUUCAGAGAAGAUUAGCAUGGCCCCUUCACAAGGAUGACAUGCAAAUUCGUGAAGCAUUCCGUAUUUUUAGGAAGAAUCAAUAUUGUGAAAAUGGCCAUACUGCCCAAAGUAAUUUAUAGAUUCAACGCUAUCCCCAUUAAGCUACCAAUGACCUUCUUCACAGAACUGGAAGAAACCACCUUAAACUUCAUAUGGAACCAAAAGAGAGCCCGCAUAGCAAAGACAAUCCUAAGCAAAAAGGACAAAGCCAGAGGCAUCAUGCUACCUGAUUUUAAACUGUACUACAAAGCUACAGUAAUCAAAACAGCAUGGUACUGGUACCAAAACAGAGAUAUAGACCAAUGGAACAGAACAGAGGCCCUGAUGGCAAUGCCACACAUCUACAACCAUCUGAUCCUUGACAAACCUGACAAAAACAAGCAAUGGGAAAAGGAUUUCCUGUUUAAUAAAUGGUGUUGGGAAAACUGGCUUGCAGUGUGCAGAAAGCAGAAACUGGACCUCUUCCUGACACCUUAUGCUAGAAUUAACUCCAGAUGGAUUAAAGAUCUAAACAUAAGACAUAAUGCCAUAAAAAAUCUAGAAGAAAACCUAGGCAAAGCCAUUCAGGACAUAGGCAUAAGCAAAGAUUUCAUGACUAAAACCCCAAAAGCAUUGUCAACAAAAGCCAAAAGUGACAAAUGAGACCUAAUUAAUCUCCAGAGCUUCUGGACAGCAAAAGAAGCCAUCAUUAGAGUGAACCAGCAACCAAGAGAAUGGGAAAAAAUUUUUGCAAUCUACCCAUCUGACAAAGGGCUAAUAUCCAGAAUCUACAAAGAACUAAAACAGAUUUACAAGAAAAAAACAAACACAUCCCAAAGUGGGCAAAGGAUAUGAACAGACACUUUUGAAAAGAAGAUAUAUAUGAGGCCAAGAAACAUAUGAAAAAACUCUCAUCAUCACUGGUCAUUAGAGAAAUGCAAAUCAAAACUACAUUGAGAUACCAUCUCAUGCCAGUUAGAAUGGUGAUCAUUAAAAAAUCUGGAAAUAACAGAUGCCAGAGAGCAUGUGGAGAAAUAGGAACACUUUUACACUGUUGCUAGGAGUGUAGGCUAGUUGAACCACUGUGGAAGAUAGUGUGGUGCUUCCUCAAGGACCUAGAAAUUGAAAUUCCUUUUGACCCAGCAAUCCCAUUACUGGGUAUAUACACAAAGGAUUAUAAAUCAUUCUAUUAUAAAGACACAUGCACACGUAUGUUCAUAGUGGCACUGUUUACAAUAGCAAAGACCUGGAACCAACCCAAAUGCCCAUCGCUGAUAGACUGGGCAAGGAAAACAUGGCACAUAUACACCAUGGAAUACUAUGCAGCCAUAAAAAAUGAUGAGUUCGUGUCCUUUGUAGGGAUAUGGAUGAAUUUGGAAACCAUCAUUCUUGGCAAACUGACAGAAGAACAGAAAAUCAAACACUGCAUGUUCUCACUCAUAGGUGGAUGUUGAACAAUGAGAACACAUGGACACAGGGAGGGGAGCAUCACACACUGGGGUCUGUUUGGGGGUGGCCAAGAGAGGGACGGCAAGGGGGUGGGGAGGUCAGGGAGGGAUAACAUGGGGAGAAAUGCCAUAUGUAUGUGACGGGAUGGAAGCAGCAAACCACAUUACCGUGUGUGUACCUAUGCAACAAUCCUGCAUGAUCUGCACAUGUACCCUAGAACCUAAAGUACAAUUAAAGAAAAAAAAGAACAAACUGACGUGAUAGAGCUGAAAAGCACACUACAAAAAUUUUAUAAUGCAGCCGCAUGGUAAUUGUGUGUGAUUGCAUUAUGAAAAUUCUUGUAGUAUGUGUGGGCACAGAAGGGUGCCCUGUAAGCAGGUGUGGCCAGGCUGGGGUCCUGGGAGAGGCAAGCAGACUAAGGAGUGCUGAGGUCAGAGCAGCUUCAUCUCAUGUGCAAGACCACCUAGUAGAAAGGACCAAACAGGGGAAAGAGUCUCAGAGCUUGAAAAUUGGCUUUCUGAAAGAAAAGAGGUAAGAAUGGGGAAAAGAAUGAAAAGGAAUGACCAAAACCUUUGAGCAAUAAAGGACUAUGUAAAAAGAUGAAAUGUAUGCCUUAUUACUGUACCUGAAAGGAUGACAAAAAUGGAACCAACUUGGAAAACAUAUUUCAGAAUUUCAUUCAUGAGAAUUUCCCCAACCCAGCCAGACAGACUAACAUUGAAAUUCAGGAAAUCCAGAGAUUCAGCUAUGCCACGAGAAGAAUAUCCCUAAGACACAUAAUCAUCAGGUUCUCCAAGGUCAAAAUGAAAGAAAAAUUGUCAAAGGCAGCUAGGGGGAAAGACAAGGUUGCCUACAAGGGGAAUCCCAUCAGACUAACAGUGGACCGCUCAGCUGAAACCCUACAAGCCAGAAGAAAUAUUCAACUGCUUAAAGAAAAAAAUUUCAACCCAGAAUUUCAAGUCCAGCAAAACUAAGUGUCAUAAGUGAAGGAGAAAUAAGAUCGUUUUCAGGCAAGCAAAUGCUGAGGGAAUUCAUUACCAGCAGAUCUACCUUACAAGAGCUCCUGAAAGUAACACUUAAUACGGAAAGAAAAGAUCAUCACCAGCCACUAUAAAAAUGCACUGAAUUACACAGACCAGUGAUGCUAAAAAACCAACCACAUACACAAGUCUGCAAAAUUAUCAGUUAACAGCGUGAUGGCAGGACCAAAUCCAUACAUAUAUCACUAACCUUAAAUGUAAAUGGACUAAAUGCUCCAACUGAAAAACAUAGCAGGGCAAGCUGGAUAAAGAACCAAGACCAUUUGAGUAUGCUGUCUUUAAGAGACCAUCUCACAUGCAAUCCCGCACAUAGGCUUAAAAUGAUUGGAGAAAAAUCUUUCAAGCAAAUGGAAAACAGAAAAAAGGAGGUGUUGCAAUCCUAGUUUCUGACAAAACAGACUAUACCAGUAAAGAUAAAAAGAGAAGGGGCUUGGUGGCUCAAGCCUGUAAUCCCAGCACUUUGGGAGGCAGAUCACGAGGUCUCAAGAGAUCGAGACCAUCCUGGCCAACAUGGUGAAACCCCGUGUCUACCAGAAAGACCAAAAAAAAAUUAGCUGGGCGUGGUGGCAUCUGCCUGUAGUUCUAGCUACCCGGGAGGCUGAGGCAGGAGAAUUGCUUGAACCGAGGAGGAGGAGAUUGCAGUGAGCUGAGAUCGCCGCACUGCACUCCAGCCUAGCUCCUGGCAACGGAACGAGACUCUGUCUCAAAAAAAAAAAAAAAAAAAAAAAUAUAUAUAUAGAGAGAGAGAGAGAUUACAAAUGUGGCCCUGACCUUUGAUAAAUGUUAUUAUUGCUUGAUACCAACCUGGGCUAUCCUUAUUGUUCAAACCAAUAGGAUAGAUAAUUUGCUGAGGUUUGGGAGCUUCUGCCCUCCGGAGAGUCCCUGAUCUCCCAAAAUUUGGUUGAGAGCUAAGGUUGAUUUUGCUUUACAGCUCCUUUUGUGAAGUUUUACUCAUUUCUGGUGAGAAAGACAAGUUCUCCUGCUUCCAUGAUGAUGGAGAGCAGGCACUUCUUUUCUUGAGUUUCAGCUUGCUUCUGACAGGAAAGGUGAGUGUGAAUAUUUUCCUGCUUCUAAGAUGGUAGAGAACAGUCAUCAGCCUGAGCCUGAUUUCCAGGUAAGUGGCUAACUUAAAGAUUUGUCUUAAAAUUUUUUCUUAAUGACUAAAAGUUAAGAUUACCAACCAGUUGGUUUUAACUUCUCCUUACCAUUAUGACACUUAGUAGUCAUAUUUAUUGUGCAUUUGUUUAUUUUGCUUAACUUUUUUAUUUAUUUAUGUUUGGAAUUUUGUUGUUAUUUCACUUUUCUUCCAUCAAGUAUCACCAUAUCUUUCUGACUUGGUCAAAUCCAAGGGACUGUUCCAAAUUUUGGGAAGCAAGUCAUCUGAAUUGGCUAAAACUCUUGUAGCUGCCAAGUAUGUAUUUUCUAGUUAGCAGAAAUUCCUUUUUUUUUUUUAACCUAAGAGUUUCUGUUCAUAUAAGGCCAUCUUUUGCCAGCCAAGGCCAAACUGAAAAAGCAGUGGUGGCCUUCCAAUCCUAAGAUUCUACCCUGUUCCCUACGACAACCUAAGUUUGGUUCCCAACUCUAGUCCUUUCUGGUUUGGUAUUUGUUACUUUUAAAAUAUCAGCAGUUUGUCCCAGCUAUGAUGUGGUAGUAAGAGAUUCAAAAGGAUUUUCUUUAAGCACUUUAUAAUUAAAGCAGAUUUCUUUUUUUUGUUAUUAUUAUACCUUAAAUUCUGUGGUACAUGUGCAGAGCGUGCAUGUUUGUUACACAGGUAUACACGUACCAAUGGGGGCUUGUUGCACCCAUCAACUUAUGAUCUAUCUUAGGUAUUUCUCCUAAUGCUAUCCCUCCCCUAGGCCCAACCCUGACAGGUCCCAGUUUGUGAUGUUCCCCUCCCUGUGUCCAUGUACUCUCAUUGUUCAACUCUCACUUAUGAGUGAGAACAUGUGGUGUUUGGUUUUCUGUUCUGUCAGUUUGCUGAGAAUGAUGGUUUCUAGCUUCAUCCAUGUCCCUGAGAAGGACAUGAACUCAUCCUUUUUAAUAGCUGUAUAAUAUUCCAUGGUGUAUAUGUGCCACGUUUUCUUUAUCCAGUUUAUUAUUGAUGGGCAUUUGGGUUGGUUCCAGGUUUUUGCUAUUGUGAACAGUGCCACAGUAAACAUACGUGUGCAUAUGUCUUUGUGUUAGAAUGAUUUAUAAUCCUUUGGGUAUAUACCCAGUGUUGGGAUUGCUGGGUCCAAUGGCAUUUCGAUUUCUAUAUCCUUGAGGAAUCACCACACUGUCUUCCACAAUGGUUGAACUAAUUUACACUCCCACCAACAGUGUAAAAGAGUUCCUAUAUCUCUACAUCUUCUCCAGCAUCUGUUCUUUUCUGAUUUUUUAGUGAUUGUUUUUCUAAAAUGACAAGUGAUGAUGAGCUUUUCAUUAUAUGUUUGCUGGUUUCAUAAAUGUCUUCUUUUGAGGAGUGUCUGUAUAUAUUAUUUGCCUACUUUUUGAUGGAGUUGGUUUUUUUCUUGUAAAUUUAAGUUCUUUGUAGAUUCUGCGUAUUAGCCUUUUGUCAGAUGGAUAGAUUGCAAAAAUUAUCUCACAUUCUGUGGGUUGGCCAUUCACGCUAAUGACAGUUUUGUUUUGUUUGACUUUCUUUUCUGUGCAGAAGCUUUUUAGUUUAAUUAGAUCUCAUUUGUCAAUUUUGACAUUUGUUGCCAUUACUUUUGGUGUUUUAGUCAUGAAGUCUUUGCCCAUGCCUAUGUUCUGAAUGGUAUUGCCUAGGUUUUUUUCUCGGGUUUUUAUAAUUUUAUGUCUUCUGUCUUAGUCUUUAAUCCAUCUUGUGUUAAUUUUUUUAUAAGGUGUAAGUAAGGGGUCCAGUUUCAGUUUUCUGCAUAUGGCUAGCCAGUUUUCCCAACACCAUUUAUUAAAUCCAUUACUCAUUGUUUUUUUGUUGUUGUUGUUUUGGUCUGGUAUGUCAAAGAUCAGAUGGUUGUAGAUGUGUGGCAUUAUUUUUGAGGCCUCUGUCCUGUUCCAUUGGUGUAUAUAUCUGUUUUAGUUCCAGUACCAUGCUGCUUUGGUUACUGUAGGCUGGUAGUAUAGUUUGAAGUCAGAUAGCCUGAUGUCUCCAGCGUUGUUCUUUUCUUGGCCAUGCGGGCUCUUUUUACAUCCCAUAUGAAAUUAAAGGUAGUUUUUGCCAAUUCUGUGAAGAAAGUUAAUGGUAGCCUGAUGGGGAUAGCAUUGAAUCUAUAAAUUACUUUGAACAAUGUGGCCAUUUUUAUAAUAUUGAUUCUCCCUAUCCAUGAGCAUGGAUUUUUAAAAUUUGUUUGUGACUUCUCUUAUUUCUUUGAGCAGUGGUUUGUAGUUCUUUUUUAAGAAGAACGUUAAGUAUGGACACAAGAAGAACAAGGCAGCUGUCUUAAUGCUCCAUGAGUGCAUGCUUAACAUUGAACUUAUAUCCCCUUAGCUACCAGUUGUUUUUCCAAUUUAGGUUCACAGUAGUCGUAACUGAUAAGUUGUCCUAGGUAACUUGACUUAGACCAUGGAGUUCAUUCAAAUUGUAUAUAUAAACAAUUUCAGUAUUGGCUGAUUUAGAAUAUCAGUCUGACAAAAUGUUUUCUUGGUAUUCAGUUAAUUUUUCUUCUACUUGUAUAGGAGUUUUAAAAACAAGUAAGUCUUUUCAUUAAAAUUCCAGGAAAUCUUACACAGUCCUUAAAGUAUAUGGGAUUAUUUGACAAAUGAUGUGAUUCUAAAGUUUGCAGAAAUCUGUAUUCAAGAGCUCUUUUUCAGGGUCUUUGCAUUCUUUCAGGAACCUCCUAAAAGAUACCAUAUUCUAGGACAUUUUGUGCUUGUGAAGUUUUCAGAAACUGCAUCAAUCAGUAUUAAGCAGUUAACUGUGGAAAUAAUGUUAAAUAGUUAUAGUUACACGAUUGACAAAAAAAUCUGUUCAUUUCUGUGGUCUACAAUUUAUCAUGGAAACAAUAUAAUUGAUAGCAUAUAUUUAGACAUAUUAGAAUUUUAGGAAUGUCAUACAAUUUUCAAAUAUAUAUUCACAUUUAUUAUAAUAUAAUCUGAAGAAGGUAAAAUAUUUUUUAUUUUGAUGGUGCUUCUCAUAUAACAACAUGUCAAAUAAUCCCAUAUACUUUUCUUUUGGAUUAUUCAGUACCCUCUGUUGCAUCCCAAAUUUAGAAGUCAAAAAGACUUACUUUUGAAGAUGAAAGUGGGUUUUGGGAAGCCUAUCAAAUAUGUUAACAUUGACAUAAAUAUAUUAAAGGCUUAAGACACUUGAUAUAAAAUGGAAUGCCAGGUCACAGUAAGUCAUUCAUUUAGCCAAAAUGGUAACUCAAAAAAUGUUUUAAGGCAAAAGCUUUUACUCAUUGAUAGAAGGCUUAGCUUUUCAAGCAAUAUGUGUCUUUCCCUUCUUUUUCCUGUAGUUUAUUUGAGGAGAGACAGAAAUCUUUUAUUAUUCUUUAAUAUUACAUUAAAAUCUUAUUCAAGAGAGAAAGCCAAAUUUUACUCUUGCAUUAGUGUACUAUUAAUGUCAGCUCCAAUUUUUAAUAAAACCUUAAAAGAUGGAUUCAUCCAGUCUUCCUCAGUUUGACUAUAAGUUGAAAUUCUUAUAAGCUUUUGAUAACCUUUUACAAAUUUGUAUUAAAGCAAAAUUAGUGCUCUAAGAAAAUCCUGUUGUGUUUUUAUUCCAAUGUUCAAUUUGUGGAAAAACUGAACAAUGCUCCUUUAAUUUAGCCAAUGUGUUCAUGUACAGUGUUUCUUUUACAAGAUGACUGUUUCCCAAACCUUCCACAACUUGCUCAAACCUUUAGCUAUGUUCUAAGUCAAAAUAAUUUUUAACCUGAACUAAGCAAAAAUUUACAUUCUAAUGCCUUAUAAUGUUUUACUGAAAGCACAGUUUACUUUUUCCACAAAGCUUCCAUGUAAAACUUUUUUCUGUAGUCUCAAUUACAUGUUACAAUGUUAACUCUUGGCCAUUUUUUUUUUUUUUUGGUGAAACACCUGGCAGGUAAGUGAUUUUAAUUUUGUACUAGGUAUGGAGCCAAGGACACCAAACAGAAGUACAGAUAAAGUCUGACUUUUUCAAGCAUAGCCAGGGGGCACAGCUAACUCCACAUGUUCCCAGACCUUACCUAGAAUCUAAUGACUCCAAAGCAGGUAAGUUGAACAAAUCUUAAAAGUCAAAAGAAGCAGUUUCUUACUUUUAAGCAUUUUAAACCUAAUAUCUGACUUGCCUAAUUUAGAGCUAAUGUCUUUAUUUUACCAAUAAACUUUAAAACUGUCUUUAUUUCUCAAUAUUACUAAAGUCAUGUGAACUAAAAGGUAUUACAGUUUUUAUUUUUCUGAAAAAAUUAAUUUGAUUUAAGCAUUCAUUAUUUUAAAGCCAAUUAGAGAGCUUUUUAAUUUAUAAACAUCUCACACAACACAUAAAAAUACACAGAGUAGAUCCAGUAGUUGUCAGAUUUUUCAUUUGCCAGUUUUUGUUUCUCUUUUUUCCUUUUUUUUAACAAUGAACUGAUGAUAUUCAUAUAAUUAGAUUGCCAUCAAAUGUUUCAGUUUAACAGGAGAUUAUAUAACAUACUUUAACCAUAUUCAAAUUUGAAUAAAAUAUAUAUUUAGGUAAAGACUCAUAGUAUUUGUCUUCUAUAUCACUUUUUUUUUUUUUUUUUUGGAGGGGGAGGAAGGCAGGAAGGAAGGGAAUAAGGACGGUAGGGAGGAAGGAAGGGAGGAAGCGGGGAGGGCGGGAGGGAGGGAGGGAAGGGAAGAAAGGAAAUCAAGCAUUGUAAGAGACAUUGCCGACCUGGAUCUAGAGGUUUACAAGUUGACUUCUUUUUUUUUGAGAGAAGGAAAGAAAAAAAAAAUAAGUAAAGGAGAGGAAGAAAGAGGAAGAGAAAGAGGGAGAGUAAAUGGAAAUAUUGCUUUAUUUUGAAAAAAAUUGGGUAUUAAUAAUGGCCAAUCAAUGUUUCAUUUAAACUAAUGGGUAGGUGUGAUGUGGUAUUGACAAGAAUGUAUAUUUUGUGUAUUUGAAGUGGAGAGCUCUAUAAAUAUUUAUUAAGUUUACUUGUUCUGGAUCUGAGUUCGAGUCCUUGAUAUCCUUAUUAAUUUUCUGUCUCAUUGAAUCUAAGUCUCCUAUCUGGGUGCUAGGAUCGUUAGCUCUUGUUGUUGCAUUGAUCCUUUUACCACUAUAUCUUUGUUGCUUUAAAAUCUAUUUUAUCCGAUACAAGGAUUGCAACUCCUGCUUUUUAUUUAUUUAUUAUUUAUUUUUGCUCUCCAUUUGGUUGGUAAAUCUUUCUCCAUCCCUUUGUUUUGAGGCUUUGUGUAUCCUUGCAUGUGAAACAGGUCUGGAUGUAACAUGCCAUUGGGUUUUGGCUGUGUCUUUUGAUUGGGAAUUCAGUCAAUUUAAAUUUAGGGUUACUGCCAUUUGAUGUUGACUGGCUGUUUUAUCCAUUCGUUGGUGUAAAUUCUUCUUUACGUUGGUGCUCUUUACUUUUUGGUGUAUUUUUAGAAAGGCUAAUACUGGUUGUUUCUUUCUGUGUGUAAUGCUUCUUUCAGAAGCUCUUGUAAAGCAGGCCUGGUGGUAAUAAAAUCUCUGAGUUCUUGCUUGUUCAUAAAAGAUUUUAUUUUUCCUUCAGUUGUGAAGCUUAGUUUGGCUGGAUAUGAAAUUCUGGGCUGAAGGUUCUGUUCUUUGAGGAUGUUGAAUAUUGGCCCCCACUCUCUUCUGGCCUGUAGAGCUUCUGCCGAGAGAUCUGCUGUAAGUCUGAUAGGCUUGCCUUUGUGGGUAAUCUGACCUUUCUCUCUGGCUGCCCUUAGUAUCCUCUCCUUCGUUUCAACCCUGGUGAAUCUAACGAUUAUGUGCCUUGGGGUUGCUCUUCUUGAGGAAUAUCUUUGUGGUGUUCUCUGUAUUACCUGGGGUUGAAUGUUGACCUGCUUUGCUAGUUUAGGAAAAUUUUCCUGAAUAAUAUCCUGAAGGGUAUUUUCCAGCUUGGAUUCAUUCUCUCCGUCGCAUUCAGGUACACCUAUCAAACGUAAAUUUGGUCUUUUCACAUAGUCCCACAUUUCUUGUAGACUUUGCUCAUUCCUUUUUAUCCUUUGUUCUCUAAUCUUGUCUUCUUGUUUUAUUUCAUUAAGUUGGACUUUGACCUCUGAUAUCUCUUCUUCUGCUUGAACAAUUCGAGUGUUUAAACCUGUGCAUACUUCUCGGAGUUCCUGUAUUGUAUUCUUCAGUUCCAUUAAUUCACUCAUACUCCUCUCUAAGUUGUCUAUUCUCAAUAGGAUUUCAUCAAACCUUUUUUCAAAAGUUCCUAGUUUCUUUACGUUGGGCUACAACAUGUUCUUUUAACUCACCGAAGUUUGUUAUUAUCCAUUCCUUGAAGAGUGAUUCUGUCAUCAGGAGGCGCUCGUUCUCCAUCAAGCCUUGUUCCAUUGUUGAUGUGGAACUGUGAUCAUCUUUAGAGAGAGAGGCUUUCUGACUUUGAGUAUUCUCAGCUUUUUUACGCUGGUUUCUUCCCGUCAUUGUAAAUUUAUCCUCCUGUCGUCUUUGAAAUUACCAACUUUCAGAUUAGGUCUCUUGAGUGGACGUCCAGGUUGUUAGUUCCCAGGGCCAGAGCAGCGGCAUUAAGACUGAUGGUGCUUUUCUGCCCAGGAUUCUCCUGUCAGGCUUCCUUCUUGUUUCCAUAGUAGGUGACUCUGCCUUCCUGGGGCUCCAAACCUCAGUUAGAAGGGGAACCGGUCCCGUUUACUCUGCGCUGAGCGCUGCCGCGUCGAGGUGCCGGCGGAACCGCUGCGCCGACCGUGAGAGUCGCGCUGGUGACUCGUGUGUUUCCACCACUGGGGGAUCUUCUGCUCCGUGAGCGACCAGACUUUGUCUGAAAGUGUGGCGUCCUCUAGUUUUCCGCGCCUUCCCUGAGAGCUGCAAUCCCGGGAUGUUAGCGAUCGGUCAUCUUGGAUCGUUCCCCUCUAUAUCACUUUUAAUUUAGCAUUUAAUCGUGUACUGUAACAUUUCUCUAUAUAAUAUUUCAUGUAUGUUACUCAUAUUUAUAAAGAUUACACAUAUCUCAGAGAUGAAGACAAUAAAUAUUAAAUGUAUUCAUUCUCCUAUCUUCCGAAGCACUUAUGUCAGAGGAACUAAAUUAUUCAUUCUAAUUUGACAACUCAUGAUCUUGUAACAUACUAUAAUGCUUAGAAGAGCUCAGUAAAACUAAGCUCUAGUUACCCGAAAUUGUUUGUUUAUAAUACUUCAUUAGGAAAUAAAUUCCAAUUCAAAUUUUAGUAAUUAUGCCCCUUGUUCUUCCAUGUCUUUCCAACAUAGGAUUAGAAAUACUUUCUUUAUAAGACUAGAUUCAGGGAAUUAGUACCCCAUGUUGAAAUUUGGCUCUCAGGAAAUUUGGCUUCCAGAGAGGAAGUCUCCUAGUUGGGAUGAAUAAACCUUACUUAGAUUACUGUACAUUGUUACUCCCCUGAAAGUAAGGGAGAAUCUAUUCUCAAACUGCAUCCUUGGGGUUCAUGAUCUAUUUCUCUUCACUUUUCCUAUUAUUUCCCUUCUUAUGGUCAGGAGGGUUUUUUUGUUUCUUUUGUUUUUAAUUAAGAUCUGAAGUGCAUGUGCAGAUCUUGCAGGAUUGUUGCAUAGGUACACAUAUGCCAUGGUGGCUUGCUGCCUCCAUCCCUCCAUCACCUAUGUAAGACAUUUCUCCCAAUGUUCUUGUGCUGUGUUUUUCAGCCCCAUCAAGCCAUUUAUGUUCUUCUCUAAGCUGGUUAUUCUUGUUAGCAUUUCAUCUAACCUUUUUUCAAGGUUUUUAGUUUCCUUGCAUUAGCUUAGAACAUGUUUUUUUAGCUCAAAUAAGUUUGUUAUUAUCUAUCUUCUGAAGCCUGCAUCUGUCAAUUCAUCAAAUUCAUUCUCCAUCAAGCCUUGUUCCCUUGCUGGUGAGGAGUUGUGAUCCCUUGGAGGAGGAGAGGAGUUCUGGUCUUUGGUGAUUUCAUCCUUUUUGUGCUGGUUUCUUCCAGCCUUCUUGGAUUUUUCUACCUUUGGUCUUUGAAGUUGGUGACUUUUGGAUGGGAUCUCUGAGUGGACAUUCUUUCUAUUGAUGUUGAAGCUAUAUUUUUUCUCUCUCUUUCUUUUUUUUUUUUUUAGUUUUCCUUCUAACAGGCCUCUCUGCUGCAGAACUGCUGGAGGUCCACUGGUGACUGUUUGCCUGGGAAUCACCCAUGGGGACUGCAGAAUAGCAAGGAUUGAUUCCUGUUCUUUCCUUUGGUAGCUUCAUCCUGGAAUAGUACCCACCAGAUAUCAGCCAGAGCUCUCCUCUAUGAGGUUUCUUUUUGGAUAUAUUGGGGUCAGUAAGCCACUUGAGGAGUCAGUCUGUUUCUUAUCUGAGCUCAAGUGUUGUGCUGGGAGCUUCGUUGCUCCCUUUAGAGCUGCUGGGCAGGGACAUCUAAGUCUGCUGCAGCAGAACUCACAACCACCCCUUUCCCAGGUGCUCUGUCCCAGGAAGGUGGAAUUUUAUUUGUAAGUCCCUGAUGUGCUGCUGCCUUUUUGUCAGAGGUGUCCUGCUCAACAAGGAGGGAGUCUAGUCACAUUCUGCCUGUAGAGACUCUGCUGAGCUGCUGUGGGCUCAGUCCAGAUGCUGUGUAAACUUAGCUUUUAUUUACACAGGUAAGGUUAGAACUGCCUCAGCAUCAGUGGAUGCCCUUCCCCGCACCAAGCUCCAUCCUCCCAGGUGGAGAUCAAACUGCUGUGCUGACUGCAAAACUCACAUGUCAGAAAACUUCAGUUUGCUGGUCUUUGUUGUGGGGGGACCUGCCACACCAGGUCACUUGGCUACCUGCCUUCAGCUCUCCUUUUUUUCUGGGGAGUAGGAGGCUCUGUCUUGCAGGCAUUCCAGGUGCCAGCCAAAAUAGCCACUGAGAUUUGUGCUGAAAACCCAUGGCACUGGCUGAAAUGGCCUCUCAGAUUUGUGCUGGUAACCCACAGCGCUUGUUGGCCCAGCUAAAAUCUCCUGGUGCGGGAUGUAAAGACCAUGGGAGAAGUGCAGUAUCUCAACUGAAGUGCAGGAGUGGCUGGAUAAGUCCCCCAAUGGCCUCUGUUGGGUAGGAGAGGGGUCCUCCAGCCAGGUGUACUUCCUAGGUGAGGCAGUGCCCCACCCUGCCUCAGUUUGCCCUCCUUGGGCUACACCUACUGUGCAAGCAGUUGCAUUGAGGUGAACCUGGUACCUCUGUUGGAAAUGCUGAGAUCACUUGCCUUCUGCUUUGCUCUCAAUGGGAACUCUGCUAUAGAGCAGUGCCUAUUCCGCCAUCUUGGUGGAGGUAUGGAAGCUUCCUUCAGGGCUAGUAAAUGUAGAUUAAAUGAAUGAAUGGUAGAUAAGCACAAGAAUUUGGGAAAGAAGACGGAAGGAAAAAGGAAGAAGAGACAGAGGAAAAUGGAGGAGACUGGUGUGAGGGGGGAGGGGAAGAGAGAGAACUAAUGGCUGUAAUAAUUUUAUUUAAAAAACAUUAUCUAGAAUAAUUUGUAUCACCCAGUAGAACUGUGUUAUUUAAGGGGAACACUCAACCCAUCAGCAAUGAAAAGCAGCUAGGACACUCAAAUUGAUAUUCCAUAUCAUAAACUAAGUCAAAUAUAUUUUAUUUAUAUUUGAUUGAUAAGAGAAGUAGCUUCUCUGUUUGGAUUUUGGAGAGAUAAUCAAAACAAAUGCCAGUGUUUACUAUCCAUUCAAGCCAUGUGCUCAUAUGUUUUAAUUUUUGUGGGAAAAGGGGAAAAUGACCCUGGAUAGUGACAUUCCUGAUGACUGUGACAACACUCUCUCAAAGUCCUCACAGCACAAUAAUAUUGUUUUAAAGACCCAUUUAUCAAAUACUUUCACCUGAAAUUAAGAAAAUACUUAAAAAGAACUAAACCAACUGGUGGUUUUAUCCUCAUCAUUUUUUUUCCCUUCGUUCCUUCCUUUCUUCGAAACCCUACCAAAUGGCAUAUAUACAAAGGAACCAUAUCUAAGCAUGGGAAAGACAGAAAUUCCUCUCCCAAGUAUACCCCAAAAUAAUGAGGCCAGUAAUUCAGUAAAUAAAGCAAAAAUAACAUUUUCAUGGAGAAAAGUUGCCUGUGAAUGCAGCACCACAGUUUUCAAAUCUAAGCUGUCCUCUGAGCCUUUUUUUUUUUUUUUUGAGAUGGAGUUUUGCUCUGUUGCCCAGGCUAGAGUGCAAUGGCACAAUCUUGGCUCACCACAACCUCUGUCUCCCAGGUUCAAGCAAUUCUCCUGCCCCAGUCUUCCAGGUAGCUGGGAUUACAGGCGUGCACCACCACCCCUGUCUCAUUUUUGUAUUUUUAGUAGUGAUGGGGUUUCUCCAUGUUGGUCAGAUUGGUCUUGAACUCCUGACCUCAGGUGAUUGGUCUGUUUCAGCCUCCCAAAGUGCUGGGAGUAUAGGUGUGAGCCACCAUGUCCGGCCACCCCCAAGCCUUAAUAGUGGCCAAGAGUCCUGAAUUCCCAGAGAGCUUCCAGAGGUGGAGUCACCAGGCACAUUCUCUUUGUUCCGUGCUCCAUGCCUGUAGCUGGUGUGGUCACCAAAGAAAGUCAUGCCUUGAGCUGGCUUUGAACUGUGUGAGCUUAGCCCUGUUUCAGCUGAGACAGGCACUGAGAGGCAUAACUGUGGUUCUCCAUUUAGUCCAUAUCAAUCACUGAAUUGUCAUGUCUCUCUCUGGUUUUGCCUUAAGCACCUUUUAGAACAGAUAAGAAGCAGUGUUUAGAAUGUCAGCACAACUAAGGGGUGUAGUGUAGGUGGUCAAAUCUCUGGGGGGCAUAUGACUAAGCUUUCAUUUCUGAACAAUUGUGAUAACAGUUUCAGAAAGUGCCAUUUCUGGACCUUUAACUUUUGACUCAAAUAUUUUGGCAAGAAUUUACGUGCAUCUUUAUAGCCAAUGAUCCUCAUUUACAAGAAUGAUGAUCACUAUUGUCACCAUUAUUCAGAAGAGUCUCAGUCAGGCAGGUUAAUCAAUGUACCCAGGAUGAAUAGGGCACACCAAUGGCAGGGCUCUAGUAUGAAAUUGAGCUGUCUGCUGAAAAUGCCCAUGUUUUUAACUGCUAUGCAAAGUAAUGUAUUAAAGAGAAGCCAUUUCAAAAUCAGGAAUAUAUACAUUUAUGGUCCAUAAAACUUAGAAGUGUUUACCUGUGGUUUCUUGAGUUUUUCUGUGGGGUAGAAUCAAGGACACUGGCUCUGAGGAUGGCCUUCAGCCCACUGUCAGUCCUAUCUGUAGCCAUUCCUCCACCCUCUGCCACAACCACCCUCAAUUGUUUAUGUUCCAGCACACUUUGUGCCUUUGUUUAAGCUGCACCAUCUACCUUCAAUGUCCUCCUCCUGUUUCACCAGCCAAAAUCCUGCUCAUUCCUUACAGUCUGGCUCAGUUGUCACCUUCACCCAGAAACUGGGAACUAGAAGAAAAUUAAAGGAUGGUUGGUUGAGUUGUGAACCUAGCAUGUGUUUUGGUUCAUUUGACACUAUUGUGAAUGAAGUCAUACUGCCAAGUAAAGGCAGACAGUUCUAAUUUUCUGUAUCCACUGUGAUUCUCGAAGAACAGAAGAGAAUUUCUCUCUACACCAGGGAAAGGAGGGCUGCAAAAGUUGCCAUUCCAACUGUGAAAUCUGUAAUUUCUUUAUACGUGAGAUAAAAUGUAAGCAUGAGGCAAAUGCAAAACAUUUCAUUAUGCAGUCAGACUAGGAUAAUGGCCAACAAAAAACAAAGCUUUUUGGUUCUGGUUGUAGAAUGUGGAGGACUAAAGGUGGCCACAAACACUUUGACACUCAAGUCCCCCAAGACCUAAGGGUCUUAUCUCCUCCCCUUGAGUAUGCGUGGCUCUGAUUGUUUUAUCCAAAAGUGAAAGCGAUGUUGUGUCAGUUUCAGAUCUCGGUCUUAAGAGACUGACAGCUGCUACUUCCUGUCCCUUGGAACUCUUGCUACUGGAGAAGGCAGACUCCAUUUAAAAGUCUGUCUAUCCUGGCCGGGCAUGGUGGCUCAUGCCUGUAAUCCCAGCACUUUGGGAGGCUGACGAGGGCUGAUCACUUAAGGUCAGGUGUCUGAGACCCAACUCACCAACAUGGUGAAACCACAGCUCUACUGAAAAUACGAAAAUUAGCUGGACAUGGUGGUAGGUACCUGUAGCCCUAGCUGUCAAGAGGCUGCAACAGGAGAAAUGCUUGAACCUGGGAGGUGGAGGUUACAUUGAGCUGAGAUCAUGCCACUGCACUCCAGGCUGGGUGACAGAGCAAGACUCCAUCUCAAAAAAAAAAAAGUCUGCCUAUCCUGAGACUGCCCUGCUAUGAGGAAGCCCAAGCAGCCAUGUGGAAAGUGCCCGACCAGCCCCAGCUUUCAAGCCAUCCAAACUUGGUCACCAAAUAUGAGAGAGAAGAAGUCUUCAGGUGAUUCUGGACCCUACUAACAUAAGACUGAUACUGCAUGAUACAUCCCAAGUAAGCACUUCCCCAUAAAUCCAGAAAAUCAAAAUGCUAUCGUAAGUCACUAAGUUUCAGGCUUGUUUGUUCCACAGCCAGAUAACUGGAACAGAGAGCAAGCCUGACGAAUGGUCACACAGACUCAGCCCAUACCUUCCCUGGUUCUAAUGUUCUUAGGGAGCCCAGGCCAACCCUGGAACCCUCAGGAACUUCGGUUUCCACUGGACAGUUCAAGAAGGGCUAUAGCCCAAAUCAGUUAACUCACCAGACCAGCCCUCUAAUCCAUCAAAUCUAAUGCUGAGCUACCCAAUGCAGUCCAACCCUCAUCACAAUUCUAUGACUGAAGACCAGGCACUGUGGCUCACACCUGUAAUCUCAGGACUUUGGAAGGCCAAGGUGGGUGGAUCAUGAGGUCAAGAGUUCAAGACCGGCCUGGCCAACAUGGUGAAACCCCGUCUCUAUGAAGAAUACAAAAAUUAGCUGGGCAUGGUGGUGGGUGCCUGUGAUCCCAGCUACUCAGGAGGCUGAGGCAGGAGAAUCACUUGAACCUGGGAGGUUGAGGUUGCAGUGAACUGAGAUCAUGCCACUGCACUCUAGCCUGGAUGACAGAGCAAGGCUCUGUCUCAAAAAAAACAACAACAACAGAACAAAACAAUGCUAUGACUGAAAGUGACUAAAAAGCUGCCUUGAUACCAUUAACACCCUGUACUUUGCAGCCAUUCAGAAUUGACGCAGUCUGGAUGCUAGCUACUUCAAAAACAACCCACAACCACACCUUUCCCAUCUCCAUCAUCGACUGCUAAGAAUAGGAAAAUGCACAGUGACAGGUUUUAGGAUCCUGCUUUAGGAUUUCCUUUUCCUGGUUUCGUCACCAGAGUUGGGUAUUUAACUCUUUCUAAACAACAACCAUUUAAUCGAACAGUUUGGAGACCACUAUUAAAUAUUGUGACUGAUAAAGGAUCUGUGAAUUUUUUAUACAUUCUAAGAGUUACCAUUUUGAUACCUUUAAAAAACCAACAGCCUUCUGGGCUAUUCGCAUAGAACAGCAUGAAUAAAAACAUUUUUGAUACAGGGUUUUAUCUGGCUUUAAACUCAGGAACCAAGUUAAUUAUGCCAGAUAGAACUCUGAUUUUUCACUACCUUUUCAAAGAUAUUUUUUAAAGUGCAUUAUUAUAUAUGAUUUCUUUGGAGUUGACACUUCUUUACUCCAGGAAUUCUAUGUCACUUUUACAGGUUUCCAUUCUGAUGGCCUCUGGGCCUUUGUACCUUUGUGUUUGGUGCCUUAUUCCUAGUACAUUUCUGUCACCUUAAUGAGGCCGCAGAUGGAGUCAAAAUGUGAAAUGACAAAUCAUCACUGGAUCCAUCUGCUUUUCCUCACCUUCCCCACUGAUGCUCUGGGCGAGAGAGUGACAUGUCACUUCAACUGUGUAACAUGUCACACACGUCCCACAAUAACAGGCAUCAUCGUUGUAUUCUUAGUUUUAGUUUACUGUAGAAAAUAAUGUCAUCUCCACAGGCGAUGGGAGUCACAUUUUGUAGGAUGUGUUUUCUUAUAGUUAAAGGCUGUCUUCUGCUAUGGUAACUGCCAGGAUUCAUAGCUUCGUCUCUGUGUCAGAAAAGAAGGGAUCUGCUUUCUCUUGGCUGAUUUCACAUAAUAUCGGUAAUGAACUUUCAUUCCUCAUUCGAAUGGGGAAUUACUUUUUAAACCCUUCCUGAUUUUAGCCUGGUGAUGUAAGUGUCCUUAAUGUGACUGUUUUGAUAAUUUAAAAAAGGAUGUAAAAUUUUUAAAAAAAUGUAAGCAUGAGGGUAGGUGCCAUGUUCUUACAUAUAAAUAGAAAAACUACUAAGAAUGUUAAAUAAAUAAGUCUUUGGUCCCUCAUGAAAUUGUUGACACUCUGCUCCUCUUUCUGCAGUUUGAGUUUAUUAGAAUUACCUGACCAACGGCAUAUUGGGUUUUUAUGCCUGCUGUGAGGAAAAGGAAUAAGCUAUACAUGUAUCUGUGGGUUAUGUAUUGUUGGUAAUCACCUUAGGCAGCUUCAGUGCAGCAAUAAUCCCUCCAAAUCCCAGUGACUUAACCAAAACCAUAUACUUGUCACUUGACUUUAUGCAUUAGCAGUAGCUCCUAAUUUAGGCAGCUCUGCCUGAUCAGUCUCACUGAAAGUUGAGAAGUGCUCAUUCCAGACACUGGGCUGAAGAAGCAGUCCUUAUGUGAGAUAUAUGGCCCUUGCAAUAGAGGAAAAAGAGUAAGAUAGCUAAAGAAAACAAUCAAUGAAGGGAAACCCAUCAGACUCACAGCAGAUCUCUCGGCAGAAACACUACAAGCCAGAAGAGACUGGGGGGCCAAUAUUCAACAUCCUUAAAGAAAAGAACUUUCAACCCAGAAUUUCAUAUCCAGCCAACCGGAGCUUCAUAACUGAAGGAAAAAUAAAAUCCUUUGUGAACAAGCAAGUACUCAGAGAUUUUGUGACCACCAGGCCUGCUUUACAAGAGCUCCUGAAAGAGGCACUACACAUAGAAAGGAACAACCAGUACCAGCCAUUCCAAAAUCACACUAAUGCUAAAGAGCAUCAACAUAAUGAAGAAUCUACAACAACUAACGGGCAAAACAGCCAGCUAGCAUCAAAAUGGCAGUAUCAAAUUCACACAUAACAAUAUUAACCCUAAAUGUAAAUGGACUAAAUGCACCAAUCAAAAGACACAGACUGGCAAAUUGGAUAAAAAUCCAAAACCCAUCAGUGUGCUGUAUCCAGGAAACCCAUCUCACAUGCAAGGAUACACAAAGGCUCAAAAUAAAGGGAUGGAGGAAGAUUUACCAAGCAAAUGGAGAGCAAAAAAAAGCAGGAGUUGCAAUUCUCAUCUCUGAUAAAAUAAACUUUAAAGCAACAAAGAUCAAAAGAGACAAAGAAGGCCAGCACAUAAUGGUAAAAGGAUCGAUACAACAAGAAGAGCUAACGAUCCUAAACAUAUAUGGACCAAUACAGGAGCACCCAGAUACAUAAGGCAAGUUCUUAAUGACUUACAAAGAGACUUAGACUCCCACACAAUAAUAGUGGGAGACUUUAACACUCCACUGUCAAUAUUAGACAGAUCAACCAGACAGAAAAUCAACAGGGCUUGAACUCAGACCUGGAGCAAGCAAAGCUGGUAGACAUUUACAGAACUCUCCACCCCAAAUCCACAGAAUAUACAUUUUUCUCAGCACCACAUCACACCUACUCUAAAAUUGACCACAUAAUUGGAAGUAAAGCACUCCUCAACAAAUGCAAAACAACUGAAAUCAUAACAAACAGUCUCUCAGACCAUAGUGCAAUCAAGUUAGAACUCAGCAUUCAGAAACCAACCCAGAACCGCACAGCUUUAUGGAAACUGAACAACUGGCUCUUGAAUGUUGACUGGAUAAACAAUGAAAUGAAGGCAGAAAUAAAGAAGUUCUUUGAAACCAAUGAGAACGAAGACACAACAUGCCAGAAUCUCUGGGACACAUUUAAAGCAGUCUCUAGAGGAAAAUAUAUAGCAAUAAGUGCCCAUAUGAGGAGAAUGGAGAGAUCCAAAAUUGACACCCUAUCGUCAAAAGUGAAAGAGCUAGAGGAGCAAGAUCAAAAAAACUCAAAACCCAGCAGAAGACAAGAAAUAACUAAGAUCAGAGCUGAACUGAAGGAGAUAGAGACACGAAAAACCCUUCAAAAAAUCAAUAAAUCCAAGAGCUGGUUUUUUGAAAAGAUCAACAAAAUAGACAGACCACUAGCCAGAUUGAUUAAAAAGAAAAGAGAGAACAACCAAAUAGAUGCAAUAAAAAAUGAUAAAGGGGAAAUCACCACAGACUCCACAGAAAUUCAAACCAUCAUCAGAGAACAUUACAAACAACUCUAUGCACAUAAACUAGUAAACCUGGAAGAAAUGGAUAAAUUCCUGGACUCCUGUGUCCUCCCAAUCCUAAACCAGGAGAAAGCCGAAACUAUGAAUAGACCAAUAACAAGGGCAGAAGUCGAGGCAGCAAUUAAGAGCCUACCACACAAAAAAAGCCCAGGUCCAGAUGGGUUCACUGCCGAAUUCUACCAGACACACAAAGAGGAGCUGGUACCAUUCCUUCUGAAACUAUUCCAAAUAAUCCAAAAAGAGGGAAUCCUUCCCAAAUCAUUUUAUGAGACCAAUAUCAUCCUGAUACCAAAACCCGGCAGAGACCCAACAAGAAAAGAAAACUUCAGGCCAAUAUCCAUGAUGAACAUAGAUGUAAAAAUCUUCAAUAAAAUAUUGGCAAGCCGAUUGCAACAGCAAAUCAAAAAACUUAUUCAUCAUGAUCAAGUAGGAUUCAUCCAGGGGAUGCAAGGCUGGUUCAACAUACACAAGUCUAUAAACAAAAUUCACCACAUAAACAGAACCAAAAACAAAAACCACAUGAUUAUCUCAAUUGACGCAGAGAAGGCAUUUGACAAAAUUCAACAGCCCUUUAUGCUAAAAACCCUCAAUAAACUCGGUAUCGAUGGAACGUAUCUCAAAGUAAUAAAAGCUAUUUACAACAAACCAACAGCCAAUAUCAUACUGAAUGGGCAAAAACUGGAAGCAUUCUCUUUGAAAUCUGGCACUAGACAAGGAUGCCCUCUCUCACCACUCCUAUUCAAUAUAGUACUGGAAGUUCUAGCCAGAGCAAUCAGGCAAGAAAAGGAAAUAAAGGGUAUUCAAAUAGGAAAGGUGGAAGCCACAUUGUCUCUAUUUGCAGAUGACAUGAUAGUAUACCUAGAAGACCCCAUUGCCUCAGCCCAAAAACUCCUGAAACUGAUAAGCAACUUCAGCAAAGUCUCAGGAUAUAAAAUCAAUGUGCAAAAAUCACAAGCAUUCCUAUACACCAAUAACAGACUUAAAGAAAGCCAAAUCAAGAACGAACUGCCAUUCACAAUUGCUACAAAAGGAAUAAAAUACCUAGGAAUACAACUCACAAGGAAUGUAAGGGACCUCUUCAAGGAAAACUACAAACCACUGCUCAACAAAAUAAGAGAGGACACAAACAGAUGGAGAAACAUUCCAUGUUCAUGGUUAGGAAGAAUUAAUAUUGUGAAAAUGGCUAUACUGCCCAAAGUAAUUUACAGAAUCAAUGCUAUCCCCAUCAAGCUACCAUUGACUUUCUUCACAGAACUGGAAAAAACCACCAUGAACUUCAUAUGGAACCAAAAGAGAGCCCGCAUAGCCAAGUCAAUUCUAAGCAAAAAGAACACAGCAGGGGGCAUCACACUACCAGAUUUCAAACUAUACUACAAGGCUACAGUAAUCAAAACAGCAUGGUACUGGUACCAAAACAGAGACAUAGACCAAUGGAACAAAACAGAGGCAUCGAAGGCAACACAACAUAUCUAAAACCAUACAAUCUUUGAUAAACCUGACAAAAACAAGCAAUGGGGAAAGGAUUCCCUGUUUAACAAAUGGUGUUGGGAAAACUGGCUAACCAUGUGCAGAAAGCAGAAACUGGACCCCUUCCUGACACCUUAUACUAAAAUUAACUCCAGAUGGAUUAAAGACUUAAACAUAAGACCUGGCACCAUGAAAACCCUAGAAGGAAAUCUAGGCAAAACCAUCCAGGACAUAGGAGUAGGCAAGGACUUCAUGAACAAAACACCAAAAGCAUUGGCAACAAAAGCCAAAAUAGACAAAUGAGACCUAAUGAAACUCCACAACUUCUGCAUGGCAAAAGAAACAGUCACUAGAGUGAAUCGGCAACCAACAGAAUGGGAAAAAAUUUUUGCAGUUUACCCAUCUGACAAAGGGCUGAUAUCCAGAAUUUACAAAGAACUCAAACAGAUAUACAGGAAAAAAACAAACAAGUCCAUUCAAAGUGGGCAAAGGAUAUGAACAGACACUUUACGAAAGAAGACAUAUAUGAGGCCAACAAUCAUAUGAAAAAAUGCUCAUCAUCACUGGUCAUCAGAGAGAUGCAAAUCAAAACCACAUUGAGAUACCAUCUCACGCCAGUUAGAAUGGCGAUCAUUAAAAAAAUCUGGAGACAACAGAUGCUGGAGAGGAUGUGGAGAAAAAGGAACACUUUUACACUGUUGGUGGGAGUGUAAAUUAGUUCAACCAUUGUGGAAGACAGUGUGGCGAUUCCUCAAGGCCUUAGAAAUAGAAAUUCCAUUUGACCCAGCAAUCCCAUUACUGGGUAUAUAUCCAAAGGACUAUAAAUCGUUCUACUAUAAGGACACAUGCACACGAAUGUUCAUUGCAGCACUGUUUACAAUAGCAAAUACCUGGAAUCAACCCAAAUGCCCAUUGAUGAUAGACUGGAUUGGGAAAAUGUGGCACAUAUACACCAUGGAAUAUUAUGCAGCAAUCAGAAAUGAUGAGUUUGUGUCGUUUGUAGGGACAUGGAUGAAUCUGGAGAGCAUCAUUCUCAGCAAACUGUCACAAGAACAGAAAAUGAAAUACCGCAUAUUCUCAUGCAUAAGCGGGUGAUGAAAAAUGAGAACACAUGGACACAGGGAGGGGAGUACUAAACACUGGGGUCUAUUGUGGGGAAAAGGGGAGGACCAGCGGGAGGGGGAGCUGGGGAAGGAUAGCCUGGGGAUAAAUGCCAAAUGUAGGUGAAGGGGAGAAAGGAAGCAAAACACACUGCCAUGUGUGUACGUAUGCAACUGUCUUGCAUGUUCUGCACAUGUACUCCAAAACCUAAAAUGCAAUAAAAAAUUAAAAAAAAAAAAGAAAACAAUCAAUGGCUCUUAAAACUUCUGCUUGGAAGUGGAGUGUGCACACAUGCUCACUUUGCACUGACCAAAUUAAGUCACAUGGCUGAGUCUGAUGGCAAUGGGGCAUGAAUAUUUAUCACUUUCAUUGGAGGCACUGCCAGUCAAAUUGCAGAAGUUGAGGACAUACAAUCAUAAAACAAGGGCAAGUGGCCAGGCACAGUGGCUCAUGCCUGUAAUCCCAGCACUUUGGGAGGCCAGAGUGGGUGGAUCGCUUGAGCCCAGGAGUUUGAGACCAGCCUAGGCAAUAUGGAGAAAUGCUGUGUCUACAAAAAAUACAAAAAAAUAAAAAUUAGCUGGAUGUGGUGUCACAUGCUUAUAGUCCCAGCAACUCAGGAGGCUGAGGUUGGGGGAUCGCUUCAGCUCAGGAGAUCAAGGCUGCUGUGAGCCAAGAUCAUGCCACUGCAUUCCAGCCUGGGUAACAUAGCGAGAUCUUGUUUCCAAAAAAAAAAAAACAAAAAGUCAGAGAGUUGUUGUUAUGGUCAUACAACUGAUCAUGAUUAACUUAGAUAUUACUUAUAAUGGGUAUGACAUCUAUUACUGAUUAUCAUAGCCUGAAUUAUGUUUCUCCCCCAAAAAUUGUGUUUGCUAUCCUAACCCUCAGUGCCUAAGAAUAUGACUAUGUUUGAAGAUUGGGUUUUUAAAAAAAUAACUAAAGUUAAAUGAGUUUGUUGAGUGGGCUUUAAUCCAAUAUAACUGGUGCUCUGAUAAGUAGAGCAGAUUAGGACACAGACAGGUACAGAGGAAAGACCAUGUGCAGGUGCAAGGAUAAGAUGGCCAAGAAUAAAGACAAAACAAAACCAACCCUGCCGACAGGGUUGAUCUUGGACAUCUGGCCUCCGGAAUUGUGAGAAAAUAGAUGUCUGUUGCUGAACCCACCCAGACUGUGGUACUUUGUAAUGGCAGCCCUAGCAGAGACUGAGUAAUAAAUUAGCAGAUUUGAUGACAUUGAUAUUUCCAUUAUUUAUUAUUUUAUUCAACUAAUACCUCUGAUAUCUAUUAUUAUAUUAAACACUUUGCAUUAAGUAUAGCAUGAAACAUUCUACAUACAUUAUCUAUUUUAUUCUCUUAAGACAAUUCUGUGAUGUAGGUACUACUUUUUUCCACAUUUUGUAUAUGAGAAAAUGUCAUCGAUGGCUUGAAGGGUUUGAGAAACUUGCCUAAGUUGACCUGCAGGUGGGGAGCUGCAGUCUGAUACUCAGUCAUCUGAUUCCAGAACCAGCUUUCUGCCACCGUCAUCAAAGGGCACUAGGAUAUUUUGUAGUGUUUCUUAAAAUCAAGAAAGUUAAGAGAAUAUAAGCAUGAGAGAUCCAUGAUGCCUGUCUUGAGGAGUUCACAAUCCAGUUGACAAAACACGAGAAGAAAUACAUAUAAUCCUAGAGAAGAGAAGGUAAAUGUCAUGUAAAAUGCUCUGUCCAUAACUGUUAUUUUUUUAUUACAGUUUAGGUUUUGGGGUACAUGUGCAGAACAUGCAAGAUAGUUGCAUAGGUACACACAUGGCAGUGUGUUUUGCUGCCUUCCUUCCCUUCACCCACAUUUGGUAUUUCUCCCCAGGCUAUCCCUCCCCAGCUUCCCCCCACCGCUGUCCCUCCCCUAUUCCCCCCAAUAGACUCCAUUUUGUAGUACUCCCUUCCCUGUGUCCAUGUGUUCUCAUUUUUCCUCACCCGCCUAUGAGUGAGAAUAUGCGGUAUUUCAUUUUCUGUUCUUGUGUCAGUUUGCUGAGAAUGAUGUUCUCCAGAUUCAUCCAUGUCCCUACAAAGGACACGAACUCAUCAUUUUUGAUUGCUGCAUAAUAUUCCAUGGUGUAUAUGUGCACAUGGCAUAUGUGCCAGUCCAGUCUAUCAUCGAUGGGCAUUUGGGUUAUAACUGUUAUUUUUAACUUGGAUGAGGAAAUUGAUGGCACAAUCAUAAAUGUUGCUGAGGAUGCAGCUGGAAGAGGAAACAUUAUUCCUCAGAUAACAGACUCAGAAUUUUUAAAAAAUAAUGAAGAAAACUACCUUGUCAGGCUGGAAUGAUUGGACAAACCUAGAGAAAUUAUGCAUGAUGAACAAAUAAAAUCAACUUGUAAGUACAAAAAAAAUACUGGAUCAGAACAGUAACAACAAAAUAAUGUAGCCUGUUGUGUGAACAGAGGUCAUUUUAGUUUUAUAUUAGUCAGCUGUGUCACUCACUGUGGACUGAGUCAUUCAACACAAUAUAGGGUGGCUCCUAGGAGCAAGAGGAAGGAAGUCACUGCUCUCAAGGAGCUGACAGUGCAGCAGGGAAAGAGACAUGAGGCAAUCAUGACAAAAAAUCUGAUGGCACCUGAGGUUGGGAGUUCCAAACAAGCCUGACCAACAUGGUGAAACCCUGUCUCUACUAAAAAUACAAAAAGUUAGCUGGGCAUGGUGGUGCCUGCCUGUAAUCCCAGCUACUCAGGAGGAUGAGACAGGAGAAUCACUUGAACCUGGGAGCCGGAGGAUGCAGUGAGCCAAGAUUGUGCCAUUACACUCCAACAUGGGCAGCAAGAGCAAAACUCCAUCUCAAAAAAAAAGUUGGGAGGCCGAGGCAGGUAGAUCAUGAGGUCAAGAGAUUGAGACCAUCCUGGUCAACAUGGUGAAACUCCGUCUCUACUAAAAAUAAAAAAAUUAGCUGGGCAUGGUGGUGCAUGCCUGUAGUCCCAGCCCCUCAGGAGGCUGAGGCAGGAGAAUUGCUUGAACCCAGGAGGCAGAGGUUGCAGUGAGCUGAGAUCGUGCCUUUGCACUCCAGCCUGGGUAACAAGAGUGUAACUCUGUCUCAAAAAAAAAAAAAGGAAUCGUUGGAUGCUUUUAGAUAAGUCUAAAUAAAGCACCUCAGUAAAUGGGAGAGAAAGCAAGUAACUUUUUAUAGGGUUAUGAGAAGAGGGUGGGAUGGAAAGGAGCUGUUGGGCAGAGAACUAAGUUUAUAAUUAUCUAGGAGGAAGAACCACUAAGUAAACAUUCAGUUGUAUAAUAAAGCUCCCCCCUGUCUGGGACAGCUAACAUUAAAUUUAAACACUGGCAGAGGCAUGGGAUGAGGCUAAAAUGUUGACUGGGACUGGGUUUUGAAGGGCAGUUUGGCCUUCCUCUUGUAUGUAACAACAGAGUAAUAAAAAUUUCUAGAGAGGAAACAUGACCACAUUUGAUUUUUUGGAAGACAAGCAAUGUACAGAAAAGACGAGGGUGGAGAGAACAGUUUCAGGGAGAUCAGUUAAGGGGUGGUUGCACUUUUCCAGUAUGAAAAAUUGCAGCCUGAGGGAAGUAGGUUCUGCUAAAAAUGCUGAUACUGGGGGCCAACGUGCAAUGAGGAAGAUGCCACCCAAGCACAUAGCUAAAAGAAGGUCACUCCCAGAAGAUGCCAUCCCCAAAAACAAGAAGGUGAAGGUCUCACACAGGUCCCACAGCACAAAACCAGGCUUGGUGCUAACACUGGGCCAAAGCGAUGUGGGCCAGCUGGGGCUGAGUGAGAAUAUGAUGGAGAGGAAGAAGCCGGCCCUGGUAUCCAUUCCAGAAAAUGUUGUGCAGGCUGAGGCUCGGGGCAUGCAUACCAAGUGUUUAAGCAAAAGUGGCCAGGUCUACUCCUUUGGCUGCAAUGAUGAGGGUGCCCUGGGAAAAGACAUGUCAGUGGAGGGCUCAGAAAUGGUCCCUGGGAAAGUGGAGCUGCAAAAGAAGGUGUCAGCAGGAGACAGUCACACAGUAGCCCUCACCCAGGAUGGCUGUGUCUUCCUCUGGGGCUCCUUAGAGGAUAAUAACAGUGUGAUUGGACUGUUGGAGCCCAUGAAGAAGAGAAUGGUGCCCGUACCCAUCCAGCUGGAUGUGCCUGUGGUGAAAGUGGCCUCAGGAAAUGACCACUUGGUGAUGCUGACAGCUGAUGGUGACCUCUACACCUUGGACUGUGGGAAACAGGGCCAGCUAGGCUGUGUGCCUGAGUUAUUUGCCAACUAUGGUGGCCGGCAAGGCCUUGAACGACUCCUGGUUCCCAAGUGUGUGAUGCUGAAAUCCAGGGGAAGCUGGGGCCAUGUGAGAUUUCAGGAUGCCUUCUGUGGUGCCUAUUUCACCUUUGCCAUCUCUUAAGAGGGCCACAUGUACGACUGGCCUCUCCAACUACCAUCAGCUUGGAACUCCAGGCACAGAAUCUUGUUUCAUACCCCAGAACCUAAUAUCCUUCAAGAAUUCCACCAAGUUCUGGGUGGGUUUCUCUGGUGACCAGCACCAUACAGUCUGCAGGGAUUCAGAAGGAAAAGCCUACAGCAUGGGCAGGGCUGAAUAUGGGCAGUGGGGCCUCGGGAGGAUGCUGAGGAGAAGAGCAUACCCACCCUCAUCUCCAGGCUGCCUGCUGUCUCCUCAGUGGCUUCUGGGGCCUCUGUGGGGUAUGCUGUGACCAAGGAUGGUCGUGUUUUGCCUGGGGCAUGGGCACCAACUACCAGCUGGGCACAGGGCAGGAUGAAGAUGCCUGGAGCCCUGUGGAGGAGACAGGCAAAAACAUGGAGAACUGUGUGGUCUUAUCUGUGUCCAGCAGGGGCAAGCAUACAGUCUUAUUAGUCAAGGAUGGGGAACAGAGCUGAUGCGCCCUCUGAGGGCCUGGCUUCUGGCCCACGUGAACUCCGUCAUCGCAGAACAGGGAAGCAGUGAGAGCUGCAGAUCGCAGCAGGCCUCUCCCCAGCCCUGAACACUGUGUCAGUUCCUGCCUUUUCCCAACAGGAGAACAGAAUUAUUUUCCUCUUCUCCUCUUUGGAAUUCUCCUGAGACCUACAGAAUGAAGUGGGAAGAUGGACAAGAGGUUUUUCAGAAGAAACACGGCUCACUCCAGAGCUACAUGGUUGGAUGUUUCCCACCCCCACCCCACCUUCCAUACUCCUGGUUGGCCCUGCUUUGCCUACUAGAAAACCAAAACCUCCUCCCCUGGGGUUUGCUGCCUACUCUCUGAGCAGCUGGGACUCCAUCAAGUCCCAUUCUAGUCAUGUGCCCCUUUCUCAUCCCUAACAAUCUACAAGCAAACAAAUGGUACAGUCAUAAGACUCAUCUGUCAUGGACUCAGGCCCAGAGGAACGUGCAGAAAAAGCAGAGCUGCGUGGCUGUGGGCAACUCUAAGCCAAAUAUUUGGCUUGGAACUGGUGUUCAUAGGACAAAAAAAAAUGACCAAGAAAAAAAUGGUUCUCCCAGAAGCACAAAGCAUGCUCUUGCCCCUCAGACACUGCUUGUGUACAUCCCACCCAUCCAUUCUGCUUCACUUGCAGCCAAGGGCCUGGAAUCGCAGAGAAGCCAGGCUGGGCAGAGCAGAGCAGGGCAUGGAGUGGGGAGAGAGGCUAGAGGGUUUUAUAAACAAACUUGCAGUAAUAUUGAAAGAGGAGGGAUUGAGGGAAAGACAGAGUGUUCGAGGUGCAGAGACUAGUCCCGAGAUGGAAACAGAAACUUGUACAGUGGCUGAGAAAAUAGAACAUAGUUUUUGAUUUUUAUAAUUGUAAAAUGUUUUGUAGGGGAGAAUGGAAUCUUUUAACACUUUUAAUAAAUUUAGAGUUUAAU